AUUUCACAGCCUGGCAGCUCACGCCGUCCACCCCUGAGCAGGGAAAACAGACAACAGCGCGGGGACAGGCGCCCAAUGGAAGCAGCAACGGCAGGAUGAGAAAGAGAAAAGGCGGGGAGAGCGGAGAAACAGGGCGCACCCGACGCCACAGCCACGCCACGUACAGAAAGCGGGCCUUUUGGGGUGGGGGAAGCAAACGCGGAGACUAAGGCGGGGGGAGCCAGGGAUGGAAGGAAACGCUUUGCUGAGCGGGAAAGGGAGAGAGCUGCACCCGGAAGAAAGGAGAGGAGGCUUCAUUUGACUGGAGGAAGCGGAGAGCUCUAAAAAUAAGCGUGGCAAAAGAAGAGGCAAUUCCCCGCUCGCCGCUCGCGACGCCCGUUUCCUCUCCAAGCCCCUUCAGAGCUCGCCGCGCGCCCAGGCCAAAGCAGUAGCGGCGCGGCCGGCAGGCGGGGCCCGGGAAGAAGGGAGCGCGGGGCGUGAUUGACAGACCCCGCAGCCCACCACGAGGUCGGAGGAGCGGAGAGGCCGCGGCGUGGGGUGCCGAGGUUCAGCCCAAGCGCCUAUCGGCUGCUCCGGGAGGAGGCUGUGAGUGACGAGGGGGCGGGGAGCGAGCGGAGUUUGGGCGUGUGCUGCUCGCUGCCUGGGGCUCGCCUCGCGCGCACACACACAUUGUCCAGGCUGACGACGCCGACGCCGUAGCAGCCGCCGCUCCCCGCCCUCCCGCAGCACUGAGAGCGCCUGGAUGCUGGGUGCCAAUGCGGGGAGGGCGCUGCAAGAAGGGGGCUCCGCCGCCGCCGCCUAGGUGGAAAGUUCACCACUGCAUCGGGCCAGCGGGGAACUGACUUGGAGCAGCCAGCCGCCUGCAGGCAAAGGGACACAAGGAUCUGUGGAUCUAUCCCGGGGGCUGAUCCUCCCCCCAUGCAAACUUUGCAUUGCUCCCCACGCUGCCUUUAAAAAAAAGAAGCCCCACUGACUCCCCUGAGAAAAGCGCAGCUUUACUCUACUGCCUUUGCAAGGAAAGUAGCCUCGUGGUGGGGGGGACAGCAGACGGUGAGUAAAACCCCUUCCCGCCCCGAUUUAUGUUGCUGUUUUGUGGGUGGGCGGGAGCAGUGCAUUCCCCGAGCCUUCUUCCUUGGAAAAGUAAUUUGUUAGCAGCAGCCAAAGAACAGGAAAGGCAAUCGAGUGCCCUGCGGUCUGUGGGGCGAGCGUCGCCCGUCUCUCCUCGCAGCCUGCUCAGGAGACGUUCCAAGCGAUGGGUGUAGUUCGCAGCAGCAAGCACUGCAGUGGCUCCGGCGGCGUGUCCCAGGGAGCAUGUGUGGGGACAGCGGGGAGAGCUGCAGCCUGGCGUCGCAGAGCUGGGCUUUGCCGGCCAACAAAAAGGCGGGCUCGCCUGCCAUGGACGCGCUCUCUUCCUGGAACGCAGCUGAAGCUGCUGCAGCUGUAAUCCGAGUUUCCAAAGUGAGCGGGGAAGUCCAGCUCUGCCCCCCCCCCCGCUCCCCACGGUAACAUUUUAAACGCCCAAGUAUAAGAGAGUCGGUCAGGGACAUAAGUGUGUGUGUGUGUCGGGGUGGGUUGUUGACGGUAAGUUUGGGAGGCGUCCCUUGGAAAGAAGAGCCUUGAGGGAAGCGUGAGGUCAUACAUUCUGACAAGGAAGCAACUGUGCAUGUGUGUGUGUGUGUGUAUUGGGAAAAUGGCCUCGUGUGCGUCUCUCUCUCUCUCUCUCUCUCUCUCACACACACACACACACACACACACAGAAUAUCAGCCUGCAGUGGGGUGCGCCUGUCUCCAUGUAGACGGGGAGGGCAGGGGUGACAGCACUACGUUCGAGGGUGAGGGGUGUAGCCUCUUGUAUUCUCCAGGCAUGUGGCUGUAUUCUUCAUUCUGAGGUUUCUGACUCCUCCCCUUUGUUGUUAGUCCUUCACCUGUUACAAGCUGAACCUUUCGUAAAGAUGCUUGCGUAUCCAUGCUUUAGGGAUCCCCGCAUAGAGAUUUGCAGGUGCAUGGUGUGAUGCUUGUGUGCAGAUGAAGGGGUAACAGGGCAAUACUGUCACCCCCUGUCCUAGUCUAGUAGCCACCUCAUACCACAAGCUCUAAAAGCUGUGAACCUACACAUCUUGUUUGCACACAAGGAAGUAGGCUGACUAUGUGAUCUCUUUCUCUCUUCGCUCCCCCCCCCCAAGCACAGUGUGUUUGUUGUCCUCCAGUCUGACAGUGUGUGGGGCUAAUGGAGGGUUAAGAAUCACCUGCUUGCCUGCCUGCCUGCCUGCCUGCCUGCCUAGGUUUACGUGGUCUCUGCUUUCUGUAAACACUUCCUGCCAGCCAAGCAAAGGGGGAUAUGGGAGGGGCGUUGCAUCUUCCAGAAAAAAACAAAACCCGAAGCCUGCUCUGACUCUUCCUUUGCCUGCUUGUUUCCUCCUUCCAGAGUCUUUUGCUCUAUGGCUUGCUUAUUUAUUUAUUUUGCCAGGACUCUGAGUACCUCUGUGUUUGUUCUCGCUUACUCUUCUGGCAUCCAUCUGCAAUUUAGGGAGUGGUCGGAGAUGAUAUGAAGUAAGUUUGUUCACAGCCGCAGAUCUAGGUGGCUGCUGUUCUUUUGGCAAGUGCAUAGAAUAGCAGUGCCCCUGAUUCCCUUGUUAUAGUUUUGAAAGGCUUUAGGGGAGGAGGGUCAUGGAGGCGGCAGCAGUGAGGUUUUUUUUUUUGCAUAGAACGAUGAGUGCUUUAUAUUCUUACCCCUUUGGGACCCCUAAUCCUUCCCUUUGAUCCUGUGUUGCUUUCUAGCCUGUAGUAGCCUCCUAGUAUGACUGUGCACUGAUUGAGGAGGGGUUAACAUGGCUUCCUUCCUUGCUAGUUUAUGCCACUCCCAGUGCUGCAAGCUGUCACUUGAGAAUAGUUGCUGGGGGACUCUGGCUCUCCGAGUUAAUGGUGGGCAAAAUCCCAGGAGCCUGAUGGCCCAGGAUCUUAGAAAUUCCAUGCUGUGUGCCUAGGAAUGUGACCCCCCCCAUUCCUCACCACCAAAAAAAAGAAGGGGGGGAAGCCCUGUGCUAAACACCGACAGCCAGAUUUUGAAAUUGGCCACUGCCAAAUCAUUUUAAGCAUGUUUCUGUCCUUGCUUGGGCUAAACAGUAAUGUCAGCUUGUACUGAGCUAUAGUCGGAAUGAGUUUAUUCCCUCUAGAAGCAGGGUGGGAGAGGUUCACAUCCUGUUGUUAAAGACAAAAGUCAUUCCAGACAGUGAGAUCUGGCCACUGACUAAGUGUGUAGUAGCUCCCUGUGGGAGCUACUCAGAACCCACCUGUGAACUCCACCCAUGGAAGCGGAAGGCACUGCUCCCUUGUGCCUUGUUGUUCUCUCUGAACACUUGACUUAAUAUCAUUCCCAUCAGUCAGGUGAUCCUGUUGGUGGGGGCCUACUAAUAUUGGGGAAUCAACAAUGAUUUAUCAUACUAAAUAACAACAGUUCUAGCAGGGGGUGGAGAGAAUGUAAGCUACACUAAUGGCUCAAAAGCAUGUGUGUCUUAUUGCAGCUUCUUGUUGGAGAUGGACUGAUGUUGCACCCCUGUGCACUCUUCUUGGACCAAGUGGGACUUUUAAGAAAACGUGCAUCGGAUUGUGUUUGAAUCUAGUCUAGCACUUGUGUUAAUUUGGGGGGGAAAGUCCUCUCUGCUUAGGACAAUCUUUUCUCUUCAAAAUAACUGAUUCAUGGGGAAAUGGUUGAAAAUAAACAGUUCAAAUCAUGGCUUUCUGCUUGGUGACUGAAAUAAUUUAAAUCACUGGCAAAUCAGUAAUUCCUCCUGAUGCUGUCAAGUGGUUCUGGUGACAAAUUGCUCAGCAUCACAAAGUUAGAACUUUGGGCAUAGUGGCUUAUUUAAAAGAGAAGCUGGCUCUCAAAUCUAUCUGGAAACCAAGUCCUCUGCCCUCAAAAAUUUACCUCUUAUUUCUAGAUGGUGAAUACUAGCUGUAGUUUCUCAGAUGUGAACCAACACCUUUCUAUUCAUGACUCUUUAUCUGGAUGUUGUUGUAUGAUGGUCCUGGUAUGACCAAGCUGGGUCUCUCUCUGAGCCCUGGCUCAAAUUAAGUCAUGCACAGGCAGUGGAAGUUCUACCUUUGGUAAACAGGACUGAAAAAUACAAAUGGAACAAGACUUUUUAAUGCAGGGGGUGGUGGUGGUGGUAGGUGGGGUUGGAGUUGAGUUGGGGAAAGCAUUUUAUUCUAAUAACUUUGUGCAUUGACACUACUUUGAGGACUGCUUCCCAGAUAUAUAAAUGUGGAAAAUAUGGGGGUGUGCACUUGUGGUGUAAUAGGGAAAGAAAUGAAUUUGUCACUCUUUGCUGGCAUCUAAAAGGUUUUUACUCAAGGCUUGGAAAAUGUAAGUUUCUUCACCAAGGUGGACAUGAUACAUCAUGCAUGCACAAACAUAAACAGUGGUUAAGUGUGAGUGUGUGAAUAUAUAGAGAGUUCAUGACAAGAUACAAAAUCUUUAAUAAAGAGGAACUUUUAUGGAAGGCUCAAUCCAGGUAACUUUCAAACAACUCAUUACUUAAUGAUAAUUUCAUGUUGAAAUAGAAUACGAUAUUGUAUUAUUAUUAUACAGGUUUGUCAUAUAGGAUUAUUAUUAAUGAACAAAGGGAUUGGGGUUAUUUACUCAGUGUUCUUUCUUGGAAUCAGUCCAGGAGUCUCCUGAAAUUUAAUGAGGUCUUGGUAUUUGCCUAGAUACGUAGGGUUUCACUUCUUUUAGCCUGCACUACUGAGUGCAUUUACUAGGUAACAACUCCCAGGUGGACUUCCUUCUGAGUAGAUAUGCUUAAGGAUUGCACCAUCAUUCUUUCACUUGCUCAUAUUUUUUUCAUCAGAGUUGUGGAGCUGCAAUUAUGAAUCUGGGCAGCAAUUGAAAGUGAUAGAAAUAUUCUCCUUGACUCUUGGUUUAUCUAAUAAACUUGUUGGUAGCAUUACUGCUAAAAACAUUUUCCCAAAGUGACAUAAAAAUUCUUACAUUCAGGUUCUUGUGUCCUGUAUCUAAGACUGCACCUAUUGUUAAAUAUGUUAUUAAGAAUGUAACUGACCUAUAGAAAAGAUUCUAUGAACUGAAAAUAUAGGCACCAUCUGUACGUUUGUUAUCCAUGAAAAUCUUUCAAUAAAAAACACGUUAUUGAAGAUAUGUUAGUAAAAUCUGUUUGCAUAUGAGUGAUGAAUAAGCAUAUGUUCUAUAUUCAUACUUUAUUGCAAGUUUUCAGUGAGGAAGUAAAGUGAAAGGAAAAAAGAGGGGAAAUAAAAAAUACUUAAAAUUGUGAUUACAAUAUGGCCCAUCAUAAAAUCCCUUAUAGUUGGUGUGAUGGGAUUAUGAGCUGCUUGUGCGUAAAAUCGUAUUCCCUCAGAGUUUGUUCAAGUCCACAAACCUCUGUCUGUGACUGAGCCCCUCUGACAUGGCUCCUCUAGUCACUAGAAGAUUCCGACAGUGGUUGCUUUCGUAAUCGCUUCCAACAUAAAAGCUCCUUAACGGAAACACGUCUUCUGGACUCUCUGCGUGACAGUUUCCGGCGAGGAGUGGGUGUCGCUACAGGAGGUCCGGAAACCUCACCACUGUUUUCGCUGGAAGUAUCUCUGAGCCAUCCCCCCAGCUCCCUUUCCCUCAGUUCAGCUUCUCUCCCCUGCUGGUUUCCUCUUCAGCUGCUGAGUCUCUUCCAACCUGUCUGAGCCCUUUCACCUCCCUCAGUUCAGCUUCUCUCCCUUGCUGGUUCCCUCUUCAGCUGCUGAGUCUCUUCCAACCUGUCUGAGUCCUUUCACCUCCCUUCCUUCCGAUGGCAGUUCCCUGACAUCCACCUCCCCUCCAGGGCCCCCUUCACCCCCUCUCGCCCCUCCUCUACGGGCGGUGAGGAGGCAAAACCCCGGAAUGAACUUCCUUCAUCUUCCGAUGUCUCGAACACUUCUCUCCACCUGUUGCGGUUCCUGGUCUCGAAGCACUCCUCCUCCUCCGAGUCCAUCUCCCCUUCCCCUUCCGAUUCUGGGAAUCCUUCCAACUCCUCCUCCUCCUCAGUGGUCCCAAAGUAUUCCCUCCGGAACCUCUCCACAGGCUGAGGUUUCCAUGGGAACCUUUGAUGGAACAUUUCUAUCAAUACCUCGUCAUUGAUAUCUUUGGCCAUUACCCACGUGUUUUCUGACUCCGGUUCUCCUUCCCACGCUACCAAAUACUCCCCUUCCACCUGGCAUCAAGGAUUUCUGCCACAUGACUGCUGCAUUCUCUUUCUUCUAUGACCGGUCCCGAGUGGCCAUCCCUUCUCGUCCCCCCUCGUACGGUGACAGUAACGACCUGUGAAAUACUGGGUGCAGUUUCAUGUGGUUGGGUAACCGGAGCCUGAAAGCCACUGGGUUGACCUGUUGAAUGACCUCAAAGGGACCCAACCUCCUGGGUCUUAAUUUCUUACAACCUCCUUUGAACGGCAACCCUCGGGUUGACAGCCACACCCUAUCUCCAACCCUUAUGGUUUCACCUUCCCUUCGGUUCUUGUCUGCCUGCCUCUUGUAUUCUUCCUUCGCCCUUUCUAAGUUGAGUUGGAGCUGACGGUGGAUUGCUUCCAUUUCUUCUACAAAAUGCUCGGCUGCCGGUACGCUCCAUCUCUCCCUUUCUCCCCCUGGGAAAGCCCUGGGAUGACACCCAUAAUUAGCCAAGAAGGGGCUCAUCCCUGUGGACACAUUCUCGGCAUUGUUGUAGGCAAAUUCCGCCAGCGCCAACUUUUCUACCCAGUCAUUUUCUCUGUCAUUGACAUAACACCUCAGGUAUUGCUGGAGGACACCGUUUGCUCUUUCCGCCUGCCCGUUGGUUUCAGGGUGCCGGGCAGUCGAAAAGUUGACCUCCACCUGCAGUAAGCUCAUGAGCUUCCUCCAGAACCUGGAAGUAAAUUGUUUUCCUCGGUCUGAGACCACCCUCAAUGGCACCCCGUGCAACCUAAAAAUGUGUUCUACAAAUAACUUCGCUGUCUCUUCCGCCGUGACUGCAUGCGAGCAAGCUACAAAGUGGCACAUCUUUGUUAGUAGGUCUACCACCACCAUGAUGGCUGUUUUCCCUUUGGACUUCGGCAGAUCAGUCAUAAAAUCUAUCGACACUGCCUCCCAAGGUCGUUCUGGUGUUGGUAAGGGUUCUAAUAGCCCCGCCGGCGCCCGCCUUUCCCCUUUGGCUCGCUGGCACUGCUCGCACCCUCUUACAUACUCACGUACAUCCUCCCUCACCUUAGGCCACCAAAAUUCCCUGGUGACCAACCACAUGGUUUUGUGUUGCCCAAAAUGCCCGCCGUGGGGCUGUCAUGCAACUGCUUGAGUACCCUCCCCUUAAGUCUCCUUCAGGGAUAUACAGUGCCCCUUUGUAAUACAAAGCUCCAUUUCUUUCCUCGAAACCCCUUGAUUCCUCUCCCUCAUCCCUAAGACCUCUGAGCUUAUUCUGGGCGUAUUCAUCAUUCUCUGUUUCUUCUACCAGUUCUCUUUGUCCCACCAAUGCCGCCCCACACACCCAGCGGUCCUCUGGAAUGACAUGUCUCUCUUCGGGUGCUCCCUCCCCUCCAAAUAUUCAGGUUUGCGUGAGAGAGCGUCCGCCCUAAUGUUCUCUGGGCCUGGCACGUAACAAAUCUCAAAGUUAAAUUUGGAGAAUUCCUGGGCCCAUCUCACUUGCCGUUGGUUGAGCACUCGUGCCGUCCUCCAAUACUCUAGGUUCUUGUGGUCAGUGCACACUUGCACCUUAUGUUGUGCGCCAAUUAGCAGGUGCCUCCAUCUCCGGAACGCCUCAUGAAUGGCUAGUAGUUCUCGGUCAUACACCGUGUAGUUCCUCUCGGAUUUGUUCAGCUUUCGCGAAAAAAGCACACGGUCUCCACUCUGACUCCUCCUUCCCUGGCUGGAGAAGCACCGCCCCAACCGCUCUGUCUGAUGCGUCAGUUUCCACUCUCAUCGGUUUUUGUAAAUCCACAUGCAGGAGCUGUUGUUCCGAGGCGAAGGCCCUUUUAGUUCCUCAAAUGCUUGCUCCGCCUCCUCCGUCCAAACGAACUUCUUCUUACUGCUGAGACAGUCCGUAAUGGGCGCCGUCAGGUGGGCAAAGUUUGGGAUGAACUUACAAUAGAAGUUCCCAAACCCUAAAAACCUCUGCACAUCCUUCCUUGUUUUGGGUGUUUUCCAUUCCAGUACCGCCUGGACCUUGCCGGGAUCCAUGGCCAACCCCUUGUCAGACAGGCGAUACCCCAGGAAUUCCACCUCCUUGGUAUGAAACUGACACUUCUCCAGUUUCACCCACAGCUGGUUGGCUUGCAGCCUGCUCAACACUUCUCUGACGUCUCUCACAUGCUGCUCCUCAUUCUCAGAAUACACCAACACGUCGUCUAAGAAGGCCACACAAUUCUUGUAAAGCAACGGCCCCAGGACGUGGUUCAUAAACGAUUGAAAUGUUGCGGAGCCUGCUUGUAGACCGAAGGGCAUAACUAAGUAUUCAAAUGCCCCUAAAGGGGUGAACAUGGUGGUUUUCCAUUCAUCCCCCUUCCUUAUUCGUAUCAGGUUGUACGCCCCCCUUAGAUCCAGCUUGGUGAAAAUCUUUCCCUUCCGCACCCUUGUCAAAAUGUCGUCAAUCCUGGGCAUCGGGAAGGCCACUGGUUCUGACACUGCAUUUAAGGCCCUGAAGUCACACACCAGUCUCGGCUUGUUCGUGUUUUUUGUCCACAAAAACACUGGGCUGCCCCAACCGCCCUGGACUCUCUGAUGAACCCUCUCUUCAGGUUCUUGUCAAUGAACUCUCUUAGCUCCUGCAUCUCUCUGUCUGACAUGGCGUACAGCUUGCCCACAGGGAGCUGUGCCCCAGGGAGCAAAUUGAUUUGACAGUCAAAGGCUCUAUGCGGUGGUAGUUGGUCAGCUUCCCUUUCGCUGAAGACGUCGCGGAGAUCUGCGUAUUGUCGUGGUACCUUCACGUUCUCCGUCACUUCAGUCCCUGCUAGGGUGGCUUGGGCCCCUGCCAAAACCUUUCCCUCUUUGCAAUGUUCUAAGCAAUGUGCUGACCCAAAAGAAACCACUCUUUGAUGCCAGCCCACCAGCGGAUCAUGUAACGCUAGCCAGCUCAUCCCCAAUAUAAUGGGAGCUCCUCCCAAGGUGGCCACAUUAAAUGCUAUUAGUUCGGUGUGCCUUGCCACCUUCAUUAUCAUUGGGACGGUCUGCAAGCUGACUUCUCCUCCCAACAGCUCCCUGCCAUCGAUCGUGGUUACCUGCAGGGGGUUGCUUAAAGGGAGCGUCUGUAUCUGGUGUUCAGCUGCAAACUCUUUGCUCAUGAAAUUGCAGGAGCUGCCUGAGUCCAACAGCGCCUUUAUCUUUAGAGGGUGUCCGUUUGGCAGCUCUAGUGUCACUUCUAUCACUAGGGCGGGUUUAGGAGGUUCUGGAGUGGGCACUUUCACUGCUCUUUGGCCUGGCUGCUGUGCCCCGACAAUGGCAGCCAGGCGUUGGCUUUUAGUUGCUCCGGUAUUUUUCCUCUCUUCCCUCCACAGCUCCCACCAUCCCUUGCCAUUCCUUCCUCUGGGGGCAGACUCUGGCAAAGUGCCCUGGCUGUUGGCAGAGAGUGCAUUUCCGGGCGCCUGUUCCAUCCUUCGUGCCCCCUCACUGGGCUUUGAAACUGCGCGCGCGCGCGCUGUUCCGAUUUCCAUCGGCUCUGCCGGCGGGACAGUUGGCUCUGGAAUGUCUGGAAUGCGGAACUCCUUCCAACGUUCCCCUUUCCCUUCCCGCCUCUCCAAUGCUCUCGCCUCCUGGCGCGCUCCUAUGGCCAGCGCUGAUUUGGUCAGCUGGUCCAUAGACUCCGCCCUGGGCGCCCGGGAAAGUUCAUCUUUCACAGCCGAAGAAAGCCCUUCUUCAAAGAGCAUUUGAAUGGGUUCCGCCGAUAAGUCCCACCCCAAUCUGUGUAUCAGCAUGGUGAACUCAGUCCAGUACUCACGUACAGAUCGGCUCCCCUGUUUGCAAGCCAUUAACUGUCUGCGCACCACUCCCUUUUCAAUAUCGCUGGAAAACAUCAGAUCCAUGGCGCGAAAGAACUUCAUCGUGUCCUUUAGGACGUCACUAUGCGCUGCCAUCAAGGGUCUAACCCAGUCUCUCGCCCCCUUUUCAAGAUGCCCAAUCACAAAAGCCACUCGUGAUUCCUCAUCAGGGAAAUCAUCAAACUGCAGAUUGAGGGCAUAUUGCAUUUCUGUCCGAAAGCUAUGAUAGUCCUUGGGCUCCCCCCCAAAUUUCUGCACCAAUCCUGGUACCUUUCUGGCGAGCUGGGUGGCUUUCUCCCUUUGUCUGCAUCUUGAGCCCUCCUCUCCUCCAGCCUCGCCGUCUGCAGCGCCAGCUGGACCUCCAACACCCGGUACCUUUCUUCCAGGCUUGGACCCGCUCCAGCCCCUGCUUCUCCGGUUCCUGCUGGGUUGCUCAUUAUGCCUUCUCCUGCACAAGCUGCGUUCAAAGACUGUCGGAAUGCUGUGAUGGGAUUAUGAGCUGCUUGUGCGUAAAAUCGUAUUCCCUCAGAGUUUGUUCAAGUCCACAAACCUCUGUCUGUGACUGAGCCCCUCUGACAUGGCUCCUCUAGUCACUAGAAGAUUCCGACAGUGGUUGCUUUCGUAAUCGCUUCCAACAUAAAAGCUCCUUAACGGAAACACGUCUUCUGGACUCUCUGCGUGACAGUUUCCGGCGAGGAGUGGGUGUCGCUACAGGAGGUCCGGAAACCUCACCACUGUUUUCGCUGGAAGUAUCUCUGAGCCAUCCCCCCCGCUCCCUUUCCCUCAGUGCAGCUUCUCGCCCCCUGCUGGUUUCCUCGUCAGCUGCUGAGUCUCUUCCAACCUGUCUGAGCCCUUUCACCUCCCUCAGUUCAGCUUCUCUCCCCUUGCUGGUUCCCUCUUCAGCUGCUGAGUCUCUUCCAACCUGUCUGAGUCCUUUCACCUCCCUUCCUUCCGAUGGCAGUUCCCUGACAAGUUGGUAUAUAGUUUCAAGUAAUAUUAUCAUCAGUCAAUUUUAAAUAUUUUCCUAAUGUAGUAUUUAUGCAUCCUAGUACUUUCCUCCACAAUUUGUAAGUGUCAGACAUUUCAUAAACAUGUGCUUCAAAGAAGCAUUUCCCUUAUUACAUCUCCAGCAGCAUGUUGUCGACGUAGGUAGUCCCGUUCUAUACAAAUGUUGUAUAAAAUGUAAUUUAUAAUCUAAUGACACAUUUGUUACAGAAGCUAAAACAUUGUCCCACUGCUUAGGUAAAACAGGGUUUGUUACAUUUUGAGCAAUGUUAAUAUAAAUAGGGUUUUAUGGAUAGUUUAUUUGUUAAAAAUAUGGCUGCAUGGAACUGUGUACAGUACUGGGAAAGAACAAAGAACUUUAAUUUCCUAAAAAAGAAAAGAUGGAGGUAUUUAUAGUAAGCGUUGUUGACAAGUGGUCAUGUUUGCAACCCUUCCUUGCUGCUUUCUUGUGCAUUUUAAAACAUAAGGGUGUGCAUAUUUUUUUUUAGAACAGUGGCCUGAAGUGAACUUUCUAGUUGGUAAUUAAACAUCAGACAUGGCUCUAAGCACUAGUUCUUGGGGUGCAAGCAACAGAGGAGGGCUGUUGGCUGUUUGCUAGCUAUGUUUAGUCAGUUGUUGCUGCAGUAAUAUUAUCAGUAGCAUUUGACAGUUUUACAUGCUGGCAAAAUGUGAAAGCAGUGUCCUAGACUGGCAUGAUAAAGGUCUGGAAAAGAUCACAAUCUCUGACGAGUAAUCUAGACAUUUGAUUUAGAAAUUCAUCCUCCCCCCCCUUUCAUUCUUUGUUUCUGUUUGAUUCCUUUACUUUUUCCUCUUUUUCAGUCUAAAUUUGAAUUGUCCAUGAAUGGAAUUUCAAAGUAUUUUCUGUCUCUGAUUCCUUACCUUUGAGGGCCUUGUCAAAAUGUGGAGGGGUGUGUCUAUGUGUGGAAUAAAUAAACACUUGGAAGAGCUUUGUAGAACGCUACUUUCAGGAACACCAUUAGAAUGUUUUAAUUUUAUAUUGUUCGCCUUUAUACAUCUUUAAACCAGCAAUAGGCAGCCCUAUCACAUAAGUUAAGGACAGUUUAGAUUUUGAAAGCGCCUCCAAUUUUCAAACUGCUUCAUACAAAUCCAAACAAAAGCCCCCCUUCUGCCUUCCUUUACAGUACUUAGUUUCUCCUCAGACAUAAUAUUUUCUCCAUGCUUCUUAACUUAUUUAACCCUAAUGCCACUGAAUUGCAUACUUAUUUAAUGGUAAAUGGAGUACCACUAUUAUACACAAGGUAAAUUCCAGAAGUGUCCAUCAAAUUGUAAUCCUCAUGUGAUUCUCUUAAGAAAUGAAUUUAUGCAGUAAGGAAGUGUGGGAAAUUGCAGUCAAAAAGAACUAUGCAUGACAGCUAGUUAGUGCAUGGUUAAGAUCAUAGUUCAAGUUCUCUCAGGCUUGUCUAGAUCACACCCUCUGUCCUUGGGAGGAAGGGAUUGGCAAAGCCUUUGUCAUGCCCCCUCACUCUGGAAGGAAGUAGGGCUGGGCGAUAUAUUGAUAUAUCUUCCAAAACCGGGUUGAAGUUCACAUCAUGAUAAUUGUUUCAUAAUAUUUGAGCUGGCAAUAUAUCACGAAUCACAAUGUGUGUAAGGGCUAGGCAAUAUCUGGUUUUCAACCGCGAUAACUCACCAGCUAAACACUGCAAUGUUAUCACCAGAUAAACAUUGCAAUCUACCACGAUGUCUGAAAUAAGUAUGGAACUGUACAGAGGCGAACAGGACAAUAUUCUGGCAAUGGCUACUACUUAGAGGUCUAAAACAAAUAAAUGACAAUGUUAUCAAUCAUCACACACUCAGUUUCAUCAGCAGGCAAGCCAAAAUGCAUCCCAACAGGACUUUUGGUAUGGGGCUUGGCUACCAAAGGGCGGUAUUCAGGACAAUCCAAAGUACGGUGAUGAGUCUCUCCAAAGGCAGAGACUGUCCUGGGAGCAAAUAGAAGGACUGGUGGAUGAUAAAGCUCUGCCUUUGGAAAGCUUUGAUUCCUGGCCUCCUGCAUAGCCUGUUGUUACAAGAGAUGGAAAGGGAAUCCUGGCUGCAAGAACAAUGGUGGUAGGGUGUGUUUCUGGGGGGUGGGAGAAAACAGCCAGGUGGAAAUGACUGACUUAGCAUAAUGCAUAGGAAAUAAAAGACAUUUGCAGCCUGAUGGGCAAUGGCCUGCCCCACCCCUUCUCUCAUCUUUUGUUCCUUCAAAUGAGGCCCUGACUAUUUGGUUUUUAAACAUGAUUUUAUCACCCUGAACAACGCUGUCAGGAAGAACACUGCUAUAUUUGUUUUUGUUAUUGCUUAUGGUUACGUGUACUGCAUAUAUACUUGUGUAAGUACUUUUAAAAAAAAAGAUGUGGUUUCUAAUACAUUUAGCAUUUGCAUUAAAAUGCAAGUUGAUGCAGCCAUGGAAUGGUAUCUUUGGAAUCUCUACUAUUGUGUAUUCAGAGAGAUGACAUCAUAUGCUAGUUUUUACACAAUAGAACUUUAUAUUUGAAAACUGAAGGAGUGUUGGGAAGCUACAUGUAUCUCGAAUGUCUAUUCCUUGUCAUAGCCACGUGUUCGCCCCUCCUCCCACCCUCAAUCUUAGGUGCAUGUAUGAUGUUGCCUUUUUGCAAAUACAGGCUACUUCUAGGCAUGACUAUUUGGAAGUAAGCCACAUAGUGUUUUUAGUGGGACUUACUUCCUGAUAAGUGUGCAUAGGAUUGCAGGCAGUCCAGUUAAAGCUUUGUAGGUGAUAAAAUAUUCCAUAGUUUCACAUCUUCCCAACAAGAAUUCUAGUGAAUGAGAUGGAUGUUUGAGUGGUAAACAAUGAAUGCUUUGGAUGGCAGGGACACUGUUAACAUGAAAUGUAUAUUGUAUAUCCAAAACCUAUGUGCAUGUCGGUUUUAAAACUCUGGUUAGAUAAAAAUUAUAGAAAAGUCAAGCAUAUUUAAAUUUCACUUGCUUUAAUACAUUGAUCCUUGUAAAAUGGCAUUUUGAUAAACUUUCAGAGAAUAUUCAAAGUUGCAAACCUAUUUUGUCUCCUUUAUAUGAUCCAAUAAUAUAUAGAAUACUAUCCUGUUUUGUUACAGUAUAGUCAACAGUGGUGGAUAAUUGUGUGUUUUUUCCAGUGAGAAUAUGCCAUAUUAAAUUACAGGUUUGGGAGACUAUUCUCUCAUAUUCUGGUAACCUCCAUCUUCCUCACAUUGUAAUUUUUAUUGCUCUUGUGUGCUUUCUCUCUUCUUUCCUUUAGUAUUUCUUGAAAACCUUUUUCCUUUAUUUACUUCCUUUGCUUUUAAAAAUCCUAUAUAUUUAAUAAUUACAUGGCAUUUCCUCCAGGUCCAAUAGAGUCAGACAAAGUUUACCUUGGUAUGGGUAUAAAAUGGUGAUGGACUGGGGUGGCUUCAUUUCAUGCAUGCUGUUCAGUUUGUUAGAGUUUUCCAAGUUAGUUGUGUGGAAUCCAUCAGACCUUUGUUAACGUGAUUGUUUCCCAAUUAUUAUUGGAGAAUGUAUUGGAUGUUGAUAAGAAUCUUGUUGAAUUUGCACUCCUGGUUUCAACAGUGAAUGGGGAAGCUAUGACCCAAUAGAUGUUUAACUCCCUUCAACCUGAGCUAGCAGGGCCAAAGUCCAGGAACAGAGGUAGUUGGAGUCCCACAAUACAUUGGGGGUGGAGUGAAGGGAGAGAUUCCUCAUACCAUCAACUUCAUAACCCAUUGUGUAAAGCUGAACUUGUUUUAAAACUGAAGGAUUACCUAAGGGCUGGCCAGGAUUAGUAAAAAUGGAAGCUAGAUGCUAGUGGAGUCCUUCUAGCCAUAUACAAAGAGAGGAGGGGGAGUGUAUAAGCCUGAGACUUUGCUUAGCCUCUUACUAGUUCAUGCACAUGUGUGUGAACCAGUGCAUUGAGUGUCUACUGGGUGGCAACCAUGGGUUCUCCAAGACAUUACUUGAGAAGCAGUCUUCAGUGUAUAAAAUCAGAUUAAAGAGAAGGCAUAACAACUAGGACCAGGGGACAGAAAUCUUAAGUAUCACUGUAGUGAAGUAUCAGCCCUUAAGUUUUUGUUUUGCUUUUGCUAAACUCCAGGCAUUUCUGUUCUCUUCAAUCUGUGAGCAUCAUUGGAACACAUAAAAAUUAUUUUGUCUUGCGACAUUUUCUCUCGGGCUGCAUAAGUAAAUACAGUAUAGUUAACUAGGAACCAAGUCCUAUUUAACUUGUUAGAACUUGAUUCUAUGUAAACACGUAGAGUGAUAUUUUACAACUCUAAAAAAGCACAUUUUAACCCCUCUUGGUCUGUUUUCUGUUGCGUCUGAAUGUUGUUAAUGCAGAAUAGAGUUCUGAAGAGCAAGUAAAUGUACAUUCUACCCAAUGUAGGUUUCACACAUGCAGACUUGAGCAUAAAUUCUUUUAAGCCUCGUGUGAAAAUGGCCAAAGUGUCUAUCACUUUGUCUAUUCCAAUAUACUGUAAGCUGAACAAUUUUUGCUCAUGGAAAUUAUGUCUUUCUCUGGGUUGAGUUUGCUCCCAUAAAGGCAUGGUGGAUGAUAGAUGGUUUUCUUAAGUCCUUCCUGCUGCUUAGUUGCAAAGCUUUUGAACUUUGCUUGUUGGGGAUGGCAGUGGUAAUUUAUGCUGUUUGUUGGUGGGCUCUCAGUGUUUUAAUAAUAUAGGCAAAAAAGUAUUGACCCUCUUUUUCCUCUUGGCAAAGAUCAGUAGUGAUGAAGAAACAAUAAACCCUUUCAAAAUGGAGACCUACGUGUGAAGUUGCUCUACUCCUAGAACCUUUAUUUCUGCUUUCUGUAAGGAUGCCAAGGUGUUGUAGGGGGUGAAAAUGUUAGAGGCAAGUAGCACAUAUCUUAAACCUGGUUACAUAGACUUUAAACAAUAUCUCCUCUUCUCCUUUCACCUGGGAGAAAUGGUAUGAUUGAUUCUAUCAUGCUGUCAGUCUUGGCUUCAAUCUACUUCAAGCAUAAAAUAAGUGAACAUUUUGCAUUGAAUCCAGGUUGUUGGUACUGCUAGGAUGUGUCAUGGGCCGGUUCUCAUUGUCUCCCAAUUGCUGUAUUUACUCAGAGUUGUGCAUUUACCCACACUACUACUCCAAGUUAGAACUUCGGUCACCUAACCAGGGCCUGGCACAGGAACUAUCAGAAUAUGUGUGACGUAAUCCAUUGCGUGAACUCAGUCAUUGCUUAAAAGCAGCUGGUCUGCCAUCAAACCUGAGCAGAAACAGCUGUCUGGCCUCUGCAAGUUGACCCAAAUACAUAACAUCUCUGAGGGACUUUGAUUACUUUGUGGACUUGGUGCUGUUGGAGGAUUGCACAAUGGAUAUUGGAGUUGGGGAAUGUGACGAAAUUCUCUCUCUGUGUAAAUGUCUGUAAAUGUGUGUGUCUGCAAUGUUCUGCAACAGUUCGAGGCUUUGUACCGUUAUGAUAUUGCAAACCUGAUAUUGCAAACUUGGUAACAAGUUCUGACAGAGAAGAGUGAGACUACCGCUUUGAGAUUUUAUUAGGCGGAGCUUAAAACAGGUAAAUUCACUCGGAUUGGCCUGGAUGAGAGCAAGACUCCAACUGGCUGGAGGUUGCAGUCAUUUGUCAAAGAAAGGCAGUCGGGUUUAGUUAGAUGGGAUUUUGACAGUUGAGUUGGAUGGAAAAAGGGAGUUGAUGAGCACAGUGUGAAGGAUAAGACCACAGAAUAGCUGAGGGGGAAAACUGGCAUGUAUAUUCAUAAACAGGGUGUUAUUAACAGUUGUCCAGAGUAGAUCAAGGAAGAAAGCCAGUGGCUGAGAGGCUGCCCAGGGCAAAGACCUUAAGAGUGGAAGUUUCUUUUUUAAAAAACUGGUGGUUUGGAAGCUCUCUAGCAUCAGCAAAGGAGGCCUUAUUUACUCCAGAGCACAAACUUUUUAAUCAAUGUGACUCUUCUUUCAAGUGAACUAUCACUUUAGACAGAGUGACGAUGCAAGGGAAAGAUAUGGAAGAGCGCGUUUGCUAAUGAUUUGUCAGUUCUCUGCUCUUUGGAAAAAAGGAUUUUUUAUAAUCUCUUCAAAGAUUUAUCAUUUAAGCGAAUGAUUAAUAGGCUUGAAUACAACUAGUUAGGGUACUUCAGUGUUGCUCCUGUGAGAAUACAGGCAUUCUGCAUUGCAGGUAUGCCAAUCAGCUAUUCCCAUAUUCAUGAGGUCCAGUGCCGAGCGCCUUCUGGCGGUUCCCUCACCACGAGAAGUGAGGUUGCAGGGAACCAGGCAGAGGGCCUUCUCGGUAGUGGCACCUGCCCUCUGGAAUGCCCUCCCAUCAGAUUUCAAGGAAAUAAACAACUACCUGACUUUUAGAAAGCAUCUGAAGGCAGCCCUGUUUAGGGAAGUUUUUAAUGUUUGCUGUAUUUAUCGUGUUUUUAAUAUUCUAUUGGGAGCUGCCCAGAGUGGCUGGGGAAACCUAGCCAGAUGGGCGGGGUAUAAAUGAUUAAUAAUAAUAAUAAUAAUAAUAAUAUUAGACAUUCACAUGCCCUACGCUUAACUUUUGAGGUGAGCUUAAUAUUGGAUAAAUAAAUAAAUGGCAACUGCAGUUGCUAAGUAUGGAUGAGCAGUCUUUUUUGUUAGUCAUGUGCCCUCAAAUUUGCCUUUGGUAUCUUAGAAUCAUAGAAUCAUAGAGUUGGAAGAGACCACAAGGGCCAUCGAGUCCAACCCCCUGCCAAGCAGGAAACACCAUCAGAGCACUCCUGACAUAUGGUUGUCAAGCCUCUGCUUAAAGACCUCCAAAGAAGGAGACUCCACCACACUCCUUGGCAGCAAAUUCCACUGUCGAACAGCUCUUACUGUCAGGAAGUUCUUCCUAAUGUUUAGGUGGAAUCUUCUUUCUUGUAGUUUGGAUCCAUUGCUCCGUGUCCGCUUCUCUGGAGCAGCAGAAAACAACCUUUCUCCCUCCUCUAUGUGACAUCCUUUUAUAUAUUUGAACAUGGCUAUCAUAUCACCCCUUAACCUCCUCUUCUCCAGGCUAAACAUGCCCAGCUCCCUUAGCCGUUCCUCAUAAGGCAUCGUUUCCAGGCCUUUGACCGUUUUGGUUGCCCUCCUCUGGACACGUUCCAGUUUGUCAGUGUCCUUCUUGAACUGUGGUGCCCAGAACUGGACACAGUACUCCAGGUGAGGUCUGACCAGAGCAGAAUACAGUGGCACUAUUACUUCCCUUGAUCUAGAUGCUAUACUCCUAUUGAUGCAGCCCAGAAUUGCAUUGGCUUUUUAGCUGCCGCGUCACACUGUUGGCUCAUGUCAAGUUUGUGGUCAACCAAGACUCCUAGAUCCUUUUCACAUGUACUGCUCUCAAGCCAGGUGUCACCCAUCUUGUAUUUGUGCCUUUCGUUUUUUUGCCCAAGUGCAAUACUUUACAUUUCUCCCUGUUAAAAUUCAUCUUGUUUGUUUUGGCCCAGCUCUCUAAUCUGUCAAGGUCGUUUUGAAGUGUGAUCCUGUCCUCUGGGGUGUUAGCCACCCCUCCCAGUUUGGUGUCAUCUGCACAUUUGAUCAGGAUGCCCUUGAGUCCAUCAUCCAAGUCGUUGAUAAAGAUGUUGAAUAAGACCGGGCCCAAGACAGAACCCUGUGGCACCCCACUAGUCACUCUUCUCCAGGAUGAAGAGGAACCAUUGAUGAGCACCCUUUGGGUUCGGUCAGUCAGCCAGUUACAAAUCCACUGAGUGGUAGCAUAGUCAAGACCGCAUUUUACCAGCUUCUUUACAAGAAUAUCAUGGGGCACCUUGUCAAAUGCCUUGCUGAAAUCAAGAUAGGCUACAUCCACUGCGUUCCCUUCAUCUACCAAGCUUGUAAUUCUGUCAAAAACGAGAUCAGGUUAGUCUGACAUGACUUAUUUUUCAGAAAUCCAUGCUGACUAUUGGUGAUCACAGCAAUAUUGGCUAUAGACCAGCUGGCUGCAGCCAGGCAGGUGGAGAUGUGACUGGCGCCCAGUAAUUUCAAAUGCUGGUUGGAGUUACCUGUGCCUACAGAGUUUCUCCUUUUACUUUUGGCAGCAGUCUCACCCAACCCUGUAUGACAUAAGAGGGCUAUAGACAGAGCUGUAACCAAAACAGCCUGUCCCAUCCCCAACGUAUAUGGGUUGACAUCAUUUUAUAAGUGAAGAGAAUGCACACCAGUUAGCAUUAACUGUGGUCAACAUCAAUCCAGAUGUAUCAUAUGUAAUGCCACUGUGGGGAGGACAGGCAAAAUUCACACACUAUAAGAGAGGUACAAUUAUGAUUAAGUACUGUGGGUAUUUAAUGGGAUGCGGGUGGCGCUGUGGGUAAAAACCUCAGUGCCUAGGAUUGCCGAUCGUAUGGUCGGCGGUUCGAAUCCCCGCGGCGGGGUGAGCUCCCGUCGUUCGGUCCCAGCUCCUGCCCACCUAGCAGUGCUGGCUCGCCAGAGCAGCUUCGUCACGCUGGCCAUGUGACCCGGAAGUGUCUCCGGACAGCGCUGGCCCUCGGCCUCUUAAGUGAGAUGGGUGCACAACCCUAGAGUCGGACACGACUGGCCCAUACGGGAAGGGGUACCUUUACCUUUUACUGGGGGUAUUAAGUGUAUAUCCACCCUUUAAGUCUUUUAACUAGACACUGAGCAGAAAGUGGGCAUCAAAACUCUUUCCACCUUUAGGUCUUUGCAUUCAAUUAACAAACCUUCAUACAAAUGCAUUACAGCCCUUUCUAUAAAGCAGCUUGCCAGUUUCUCACAAACCUAGCACAGCAAGUAGAAAUUUUAUGAGUGCUCAAAUGUACUGAAAGACGUGCAAAGCUAUGGGGGCAGGAUUAUGCUGUGGAAAGAUGUUGGCUGUUGGCCUGGGUGUGCUCUGUAUGUGCUGAAGUCUGUGAUUAGUCAUGCUUCACAAAAGCUUCAGGGAUUGCUGUUCUCAUCCUACAGACUAUUAGCCAACUGUGGGGGUUGAAGAAGAGGAAUGGCAGGAUUAUCCAGAUUCAACAGCUACCUGCUAGUAACAUAUUCCAAUUACUUGCCCAGGCCCCAUGAUGUGAAUUUUCUGCAAGAUUUUAAACUUACUUCUAUGUGGAAGGACUGAACUCUGUAUUUUUUACAAUCCAGCCCUCUGUCUGCUUACACUCAACAGUCCUAACAGGUGAAUCUGGGCUUGUUCUACAGUGUGUGUAUGGUUGCAGUACUACUGAAAUGAACUUAAGAUUCUAGCAAAGAUGCCUAGCAGUAGAUGCAUAGUGAGAUCAGUCCCAAGAUUCCCCUUAUCCUUCUCCUCUUCAUCCUGGAGAAGAGUGACUAGUGGGGUGCCACAGGGUUCUGUCUUGGGCCCGGUCUUAUUCAACAUCUUUAUCAACGACUUGGAUGAUGGACUCAAGGGCAUCCUGAUCAAAUGUGCAGAUGACACCAAACUGGGAGGGGUGGCUAACACCCCAGAGGACAGGAUCACACUUCAAAACGACCUUGACAGAUUAGAGAGCUGGGCCAAAACAAACAAGAUGAAUUUUAACAGGGAGAAAUGUAAAGUAUUGCACUUGGGCAAAAAAACCGAAAGGCACAAAUACAAGAUGGGUGACACCUGGCUUGAGAGCAGUACAUGUGAAAAGGAUCUAGGAGUCUUGGUUGACCACAAACUUGACCUGAGCCAACAGUGUGACGCGGCAGCUAAAAAGCCAAUGCAAUUCUGGGCUGCAUCAAUAGGAGUAUAGCAUCUAGAUCAAGGGAAGUAAUAGUGCCACUGUAUUCUGCUCUGGUCAGACCUCACCUGGAGUACUGUGUCCAGUUCUGGGCACCACAGUUCAAGAAGGACACUGACAAACCAGAAUGUGUCCAGAGGAGGGCAACCAAAACGGUCAAAGGCCUGGAAACGAUGCCUUAUGAGGAACGGCUAAGGGAGCUGGGCAUGUUUAGCCUGGAGAAGAGGAGGUUAAGGGGUGAUAUGAUAGCCAUGUUCAAAUAUAUAAAAGGAUGUCACAUAGAGGAGGGAGAAAGGUUGUUUUCUGCUGCUCCAGAGAAGCGGACACGGAGCAAUGGAUCCAAAGUACAAGAAAGAAGAUUCCACCUAAACAUUAGGAAGAACUUCCUGACAGUAAGAGCUGUUCGACAGUGGAAUUUGCUGCCAAGGAGUGUGGUGGAGUCUCCUUCUUUGGAGGUCUUUAAGCAGAGGCUUGACAACCAUAUGUCAGGAGUGCUCUGAUGGUGUUUCCUGCUUGGCAGGGGGUUGGACUCGAUGGCCCUUGUGGUCUCUUCCAACUCUAUGAUUCUAUGAUUCUAUGGUCUGACGGGUCCUGUCUGAUGGAUCCUCUAUCCCUGUCAAAUACCUGAUUUGCCCAGCCUCAAAAGACGAGUCCUUUUUUUUUUUUGCUGCUGCUGCACUGACAGGUGAAUCAGGUGUUGGUGGGGUAGAACAGUAGCAAAAGAGCAUCUUUUGCUGCCACACUACGUUGCAGACCCCUUGAUUCAUUGCCUAGACAUUUUGUUUUGGUGCCUACAAUGGCUCCUAGCAUUCUUAUCUCAGUUUCUAACACUUCUCCAACCUUUUCCAAUAGCGAGCCUCUACAGCUGUGAUAGUUGGAUGUGGCCUUUCAUGAAGCCUUUUCCACAGACUCCUUUCUGGGAUCUUCUUGUUCUGAUGUCCAAACUAACGUCCUUUUUCUUCCCCCAUCUCCAGCUUGUCUGUUCCUGGACUUGUUUCUGUACAAAUCUGAAAUAGUAUUGAUGCUGCUUUCAGUCUUUAAGUUGGAGACAGGUGCCCCAUUGGAAGGAUCUGCUGCUGGCUUGCUUUGUGUCUGGCUCGCUUUGGUUUUUCUUCCCAAAACCUGAAAAGUUACCAACCUAUUAAUUUAUCCACACUGUUGUAGUGUCUGGAACCAGCCCUAAGUCAGUGCGCAGGAGCCAUUUUAUGAAACAGAAUCCAUCUUAGGGCGAUGAAACUGUACAGCAGUAGCUGCACCUCAUGCUCUCAAACCAAUGAGAUGGAAGACAAAGGUACCUAUGCUAUAAGACAAGGAUGGGGAACCUUGGGCCCUGGGGCUGAAUGCAGUCCUCCAGGCCUCUCUAUCUUCUUGGGAUUCUCCCUGGCCAAGUCACAUUUCCCAGGUUUCACCCCUCACCAGUCCUAUUUUUCACCAUCAUUGCAUGUUUGCAUGACUGGAAAGUAUCACUGAACACUGAUAAUAACUCCUGCUUGCUUGAAUGGAGGAUUGACAAGGGUGUGUGAGCCUUUGUCAAAAGUUACCUAUUUUUGAGAGGUAAAAUCUACAUGUGUUUCACUGCUCACUUUUGCAUGGAGCCCCUGGAGGUUGCCCAGAAGGAAACGCAGCCCUUCAACUUAAAGAAUUUCCCAACCCUUCAUAAAAGGAAAUAGCUACAAUAUCAAAAUUUCAUAGCUGUAACACAGGUAGGGAUUAUGAUAUUGUGCCAUCUUCAUGUUCUGUAGCAUUGUAUUGAGAACCUACCCAUCCUAGACUGGUUAUGAAACCUCUAAUUGCUGUCGCUAUGGGAAGAGGUCUUAAAUAUAGGUGUAAAGUCUAGCAAGUUUUGGGGUUUGUUGGGUUUUUUUGGUUAUUGUUCUUCUUCAUGUUUGCCAGUUGUUGUGCACAUUUGCAAACCAGUGUGUUUCCCCCUCCUGCUACAUUUCCUUUUGCUGUUGCGAUCCUUGGAAGACUCUGCCACCUGCAUUGAUGUUUUUCCUUGUGAACAAGUCUGAGCAAAUUAGCUUCACUAGCAUAGCAAUUUCUAAAUGCAUUCCUGCGGGUUUUUAAUAAGACACCCUCUUUUGGGCACCUCAUUGAUAUCAUGGAACUACGAAGAGUGAACAAGAGGUGUGAGAGUAUGUUGGACUUGAACUGGAGAGAUCCUGUUCAGCCAUGAAACUUGUUGGGUGGGGAGCAAUUGAAUGAAGCAAGACAAUGAUCUCUCUUUGUAGGCGUGUCUUUUUACUAAACAUGUUGUAUUAAGAAAAUCAGUGAGGUUUUGGAACCUCUUAAAUAUAUGUUAACCUAGUUCAGGAGUUGCCGGCUUCUGCUCAUGAUAGCCUAUAUGGAUUUGCUCUAUGGCACUGUUUAUAAACCAUUACUGCUGUAAGCAAGAUUUAAGGCACCAGGAUUCCAAGUGUGUGCAAAUUCUCAUUGAAAUGGCACCAUCUCAUAGUUACCAACAUCUGGCCUAUUUUGCUACAAACUCUUUUUUAUUAUUACAUUCUUUUUGGAUCCAUUUUCCUGGAUAACAGAAACACAAAGUGAUUUACAAAAUCAGUAUAAUACUUGAAAUCACCAUAUGCCUAAUACAUAAACAUUCUACCAGAAGAUAGGACACCGGGUAAAUACAAUAUGGCAGAAGAUCCAUAUUGGUUGUUGAAUGCCUAACAUUCCUGAUCUUUAUGGCAAAUAUGCAGAAUAACUGAAGAGUAGGUUUCAUAUUUUGCUUUUGUAGUUGAAGCCAAAUCUUAUUAAUAUUCUUCUUCUUUGGCGACCACCCAUAUCUGAGUAAGAUUCUCUUCCAUGACCACGGUCUUAACAGUGAGUCCAUAAGUGACUGUGGAUGCCCAUUCUGGAUCCACACGUCCUUCCACAGUGGAGACAUAGGUUUCCGAGUGGCAGUUGAUCACAGUGAGGGGUUGCCAAGCAUGCCUUCCUCUUAGCUCUUUUCUCCUUUUUGCCCUGAGUUCAUGCUUCUUCAAAGUCCAUAUUCUCCAAUUGGAGUGCUCGCAGGCCAGAGUUUCCCAGUUAUCAGUGCUUGUGUUACUUUUUUUUUUUUUUUUUUGCCUUGAGAGCAUAUUUAAACCUCUUUUGUUGUCCACCAGUAUUUCGCUUUCCAUUCUUGAGUUGGGAAUAGAGUAGUUGCUUUGAAAGACGAUAAUGAGGCAUCUGAACAACAUGACCAGUCCAGCAAAGUUGAUGUUGAAGAAUCAUUGCUUUGACACUGGUGAUCUUUGCUUCUUCCAGUACACUGACAUUAAUUCACCUCUCUUCCCAAGUGAUGUGUAAAAAUUUUCGGAGACACCAUUAAUGGAAUCUUUCAAGGAGUUGGAAAUGGAGUUUAUAAGUGGUCCAUGUUUCACAAGCAUAAAGUAAAGUUGGUAGUACAGUAGCUUUGUAAACAAGCAUUUUGGUUUCCCUGCACAUGUCCUGGUCCUCAAACACUCUGCGCUUCAGUCGGAAGAAAGCUGCACUUGCAGAGUUCAGGUGAUGCUAGAUUUCGGCAUUGGUGUCGGCCCUUGUGGAAAGAUUGGAAAAGUGAUUGACAUUUUCCAACAUUUCACCAUUAAGUUGGAUUUGUGGUGCUGCAGAAGGGUUGUUUUUUCUUGUUGGUGCAGCACUUUGGUUUUUGGGAUUGAGUGAUAGGCCAAGUUUUUCAUACGCUUCUGUGAAGAUAUUUAGGAUGGUUUGGAGGUCAUCCUCUGAGUGUGCACACAUUACAUUGUCAUUAAUAGCAACACGUGUACAAGUCUUGAAAUAAAUCCACUAAAAAGAGUUAUUAAUUUUUUUAAAAAAAGUUUACCUGUGCAUCCGCAAACAUUGAGACAGAACCAGAAGGAAAAACAGCUGAAUUAAAACAAGGAAACACAAUAAAAAAAAAUUGAGAUUGAGAAAUACUGAAUCAGAGAGGAGGAAGUAUGUUCUUGUCAGUGUUAGAAACAGAUAUGAAAGCUAGGAGCUAAAUGGCACCUUAAUCCUAGGUUACGGGCGCAACAGUGGGAUGUCUAGGUGUACUUUUUUUAUAACAAGAAUACAAAGCUGAAAAUGAAUGAGCUGCAGCUAGAAUAUUAUGUUCAUUUUUCACAUAGUCUAGUCCUUCCCCUGACCACCCCCUAAUAUUCUUAAGAGGGUCUGUUCUCCAGUCUUCUGAGAGUAGCUGGAGGUAGAAAAAAGUCCUCCUUUCCUUCCAUUUCGCAGUUUUAAUCUGAAAUCUUAGGUGCAGUACUGCGCCCAGAGCUCAGAAACUGCUCGUGCUAAUGAAAUUCCCUGUCACAAAAUGCACCUAGAACAAUGGGAGUUUUGAACACUGGUUCUUGCCCAAUACAUAAUUACAAUAAAUCUUUUUGCCUGGAGAGCACUCAAAAGGGAAUGGAAGCCUUUAUAGCUUCUAAAAGUUUAUUUGGUUAUAUUGAUUUUCUUUAGAGGAACUCGGGCUGCUUUUUUAUUCUUUUAAGUGAAGUGGAGCAUUGAUAGGUUAAAGAGAGAGAGAAACAUGUGCAUCCACUGGCUGUAGGCUUAGGUCCUCUUGAUUGGAGCUUGGCAGGAGGUGGUGGCAGUAGCAGCGGAGGCCUGCAAGGUCUCACGGCAGCAGUAAUGGGAGGUGAUGGCAAUAAUGGCAACAACUCACAGCAGUGACAGAGAGUGGCGGCAGUGGAUUGCGAAGCCUCGCGGCAGCGACUCAAAAUGGCAGCAGUAAUGGCAUAGGCCUGCGAGACCUCGCAGUAGUGACAGGAUUUGGCAGCAGAAGCUGCGGUGGCCUGCGGGGACUCAUGGCAGUGACAGGAGGUGACGCCUUGCGGUGGCGAUGGGAGGUGGUGGCAGCUUGCGAGGCCUCUUGGCAACACAAACAAUGGGGCUUGCAAGGCCUCGCCAUGGUGGCAAGAAGUGGUGGUGCCUGCAAGGCCUGGCAAUAGUGGGAGAUGGUAGAAGCUGUGGCAGCCUGCCUCAGCAAGGCCUUGCAGGCUGCCUCUGGUUCUGCCACCGUCUCCUGCCAUCACCGCAAGGCCUUGGAGGCUGCCAUUCCUGCUGCCACCACAACAAGGCCUUGCAGGCUGCCACCACUUCUACUGCCGCCAGCCACUGCUGUGGCGAGGCUUCGCACGCUGCUGAUUAUUGUGCCAGGCUGCUGCUGCUUCUGCCCCCCACCCCCCAGCUGUUGUUGAUCCUACCACCACCAGGCUGCUGCCACUUCUGCUGCCUAGCAGGCCUGCUGGCAGUCCCAGAUUAUUUGUAUGCAUUGUGACUCAUCGCCAUACUUUGGUUUGUCUGGAAUACCACCCUUUGGUAUCCAAGCCCAAAACCAAAAGUCCUGUUGGGAUGCAUUUUGGCUUACCUGCUGCUGAAAGUACCCAUGAAGUGAUUGAUAAUAACAUCAUUUAUCAGUUUUAGACCCUUAGCUGGUGAUAUAUUGUGGUACUGAAAACCAGCCCAGCCCUGGUUUUAACUUCUGCCUUGGUGAACAGCUUCUUGGGGGUGGGUAAUAUUUAAAAAUCAUUCAGUAGAUAAAGUUGUUGAAGAAGAUCUCAUUUCUUAAUCAAGACUUUGGUCCUGCGCUACCAUAAUCAGAAAGGUAUUUGUCAUAAGUCUUGUAGGAGAGUCUCUUGCUGAAAUGCUAUCAUUGAGCACAGAUGGUGAUAAUUCGUUGGGAGAGGAAAUAAAUGAUACUGAAAUGUUGGAUCAUGAGGCGAGUCGUUGCUUAGCAAAUGUGUUGUUCCCAAUAAAACACUUUGUGAAGUACAACUGUACUGAGGAUGGCUAAUAUCAUACUCUGCUUUGCCAUAUGACUUUGAUACCAAGUUUGGGUACUUAAAAUCUGAAUAGUCCAAACACUUUCCACAGUGCCUGAAACUGUAGAAGCCUGACACUCGGAAUAUCCCAGAUGCACGAUUCUCCUGCCAUUCAAUAAAGAUGGAACUUAGAAAGUUAUCUAUAAUCCAACAUUUAAUAUAUUUCAGGGGUCAUAGAGCUAUGCUAGGAAGGAGAAACGGGAAAAGAAACCUGGGGAAUCACAUUGAACCAAUGUUUCAUUAUAGCUUAUGCUGAAAAGAGCACCAGCAUCUUAUUGAGGGUGGUAUUAAAUUGUGACACUAAAAUCUCUGACCCCAAAUUUCCACACCUAAUGGACAGUGUGUCGCUAUAAUGCUCCCACUUCUUUCCAGCAGAGGUUGGCAGUGUUAUGUCUGCUCUUGGCCACAUUGCUAAUACCGUAUUUUUCGCUCUAUAGGACGCACUUUUUCCCCUUCAAAAAUGAAGGGGAAAUGUGUGUGCGUCCUAUGGAGCGAAGAUGCCAUAGCCCCGCGCGCGCUCUCCCGGCUGGAGAGGUGACGCGCGGCUAUGGCAGGAGCCUCUACAGCCCCGUGUCACCUCUCCAGCCGGGAGAGUGCGACCCUCUCCCGGCUACAGAGGUGACGCGCGGCUAUAGAGGCUCCUGCCAUAGCCGCACGUCACCUCUCCAGCCGGGAGAGCGCGCGGGGCUAAAGCAGCCCCCCGCGACCCUCUCCCGGCUGGAGAGGUGACGUGCGGCUAUGGCAGGAGCCUCUCCGCUGCGCCUUUCCGCUGCUCCCUGACCUGCUCUUUGCAAAAAUGUUGAAGGCUGUAAAUUUCAGGAUUUGGAAUGUAGGACAGCGUCUCACCCUAUAUGGGGAUAGCUUUAGAGAAAACUGAAACAUAGGUUUUUAAACUGGGGUUGGGGUUGAGGAAGUGCUGUGCUCUAGAGUUCCAAGUAGUAUAGUGAUGGUAUGAUAACUAUGUAGAGUCUGGUUGUACAGAGGUUUUUUUGAUCAGUAGAGAAGCAAGCAAGGAAGUGAAAUGUCUUUACUCAUGAUGGCGUGCACAUUAAAUGUGCCCUGAGGCACACUUUGUCCUUUUGCCCGCCUGGAAUGCUGUUGCAUGUUAGCACAUGCAUACACACACACCUUUUUCAUAAGGCGAGAUCGUUUUUACAUCUCUUCGUGGAAAGUAAAUGAUAUGGGUUUUAAUUAUGUCAUGAUGUUACACUUUAUUAUCACGUGAAAUGUUUAAGGAUUAUCAGUGCAUCUCCUAAAGUUUAUCUGCCAACGUUUUGCAGUCCUUGCAGUUCCUACAGCUCCCCCUUUCCAAGGAGCAUGGUUCUCUCUCCAUCCCCAUCCAUUUUAUCCUAAUGCAACCCUAUGAGGGUAGACAUAUGAGAUGUGUCUCUUACUGAAUUUGCCUGAAGGAAGAAGCAGAGAAAAGGAGGACUCAGAAUGGAGCGGCAUCAGGAGCAUGAUAGAACUGGAAUGUGCUGGUGGCUCAGUUUGUGUGGCAAGUUCAUGUUAACACUCAAGAACUGUUGAUUCUUGCAUACACAUAAGUUUUGGAACUGUUUGCUUUCUGCACGACUUCCUGUCCCUCCUCUCUGUCCUGAAUGCCCAUAUCAUUCCUUUAGUACAAAAAGUGUCUUUGCAAAUCUGCUACUUAGUGUCCAGUUAUGUUUUUCAGCAAAAGAAAGCAUGCAAAACAGGCAAACAUCCAGUAUGCCUUCUUUUCUAAGAAGUGCUUAAUAUUGCUUUGCAGGAAACAUUAAAUUUAGACGGAUGCUCUAGGAAAAAGAUUAUUUUGAAAUGUAAAUGUAUUUUUAUAGGAGGGGCUGAGGUCCCUCUAUCCCCCCAAUAAAAUAUUUGAGCCCCCCCCCCCCCCCGUUGCAAGAAGAUCAAACCUCUCCAUUCUGAAGGAAAUCAGCCCUGAGUGCUCACUGGAAGGACAGAUCCUGAAGCUGAGGCUCCAAUACUUUGGCUACCUCAUGAGAAGAGAAGACUCCCUGGAAAAGACCCUGAUGUUGGGAAAGAUGGAGGGCACAAGGAGAAGGGGACGACAGAGGACGAGAUGGUUGGAUAGUGUCUUCGAAGCUACAAGCAUGAGUUUGACCAAACUGUGGGAGGCAGUGGAAGACAGAAGUGCCUGGCGUGCUCUGGUCCAUGGGGUCACGAAGAGUCGGACACGACUAAACAACAACCACCCCUGUUAUUUUUCUAACAUGAGAAAAAUCAGAGUUGCAAGCUGUCCCUUGUUCAUUGGCUGAUCUCAGUCUUGAAGAUUUCUCACAAUGCCCAGUUUGGGGGAGGGAGAUGGAGCUCUGAGAAUGGCUCACGGAUGAGUGAGCUAUUAAGAUCACUUUCCACUCAAAUAAAGUGUGCUGGCUCCUAGACUUGCUGUAGCUCUUUCUGAGAUCCUGGAUGCUCUGCUGUGUACGGAAAGGACAGCUCAGGAUGUAAACAAAUGCAGUCAAGGAGUCUAGAGGCUGAAUCUGAGAUGGGGCCACAGUGGCUCCAGCCCUGCUGCACAGACAAAAACCUGCCUAUGAAUUUAAAGAUUUAAAGUACAGCCCUUAAGUUCAGCAUAUCAGAUUCUGCUUAAUUUAUUGCCUUGUUGCCAGAUUAAUUAACCCAUGCCUCUGCUAAUGCUGCAUAUAGGCAGACAUUAGCUGGGUUGCAGUUUGGGAGCAUCUUUAGCAUAUCCAGGUAUUUCUCUUUCUGUGUGCUUACCCUGGAAGUUUGUGCUCCAGCUGGCAAGAAAAGAAAAAGUAGCUAUGGCUAAGAGAUGAACCCCUUAUACCAUGGGUCGGCAAACUAAGGCCUGUGGGCCAGAUUAGGCCUAAUUGCCUUCUAAAUCUGGCCUGCGGAUGGUCCGGGAAUCGCUGCAUGGUUCACCAGUGUGUGAAUCGCCAGCACACGCUUUCUUUCUCUCCCCCUCACAUGGCGGUGCCAUCCCCUCCCCCCUCCUGGCUUCUCCCCGCACUGCUUAGAGGAGGAAGGGGCCUAGGCUUUGUGGGCGCCAGCCCCUCUCUGGAGCCCUUUCGUUCACCGCUCAUCAUCCCUCCGCCAUCCCAGCCCCUGCCACUCGCAAGACACAGGAGCCGCGGUGGGCUGAGCGUUCCUCUCAAGCGGCCGCCAUUUAAAGCAGCCCUUCUCCGGAGCCGUUUCGCGUGCCGCUCAUCAUCCCUCAUUCAUUUUUUUCCUUCAAAAUAUGGUCUGGCCCCCCACAAGGUCUGAGGGAGAGUGGACAGGCUCCCUGCUGAAAAAGUUUGAGGACCCCUACCUUAUAACAGCUUUGCUGUUUUCCAAAAAUUUCUCACUAACCCAGGGCACACAUAUUUUUAUGAGACUGAACUUACACAGUCAAUUUUCAUAGGAAAACAAGGUGAUAAAUACAUUUAAUUAUUUGGUGGUUCCUUCCCCAAUGAAUGCACAUUGUGUAGUAAAAGAAGUAGAACGCUUCCAUUGAUAGCAUUGCAUUUUCCUUAUAUAUGUAUAAAGAAAAAUAAUUUCUCCAGAUGUGUUGGCUCUGCAUUUAUCAGACUAGGCAAAUGAGGACGUAUUAAAGGAUUUUUUUUCCUUCAUCAAUAUAGGCAGAACUGUAACUCUGUCAAAUGAAACUAUGUGAGGACGGGCUCCUUAGUUUAGUGGUUGCUCUUUUUAAGUUGCUCGUAGUCACAUACUCCUGAGGUUUCCUACAAGUGCAGAUGGUUCUGGGUACAACUUGAUACUUUCUACUGCUGCAGAUAGGAGAAGUCGUAUCCACAGUUUCUGGGUUGCUGGGGAGCCCAUCAGAAGGAUGGUGACAAAGCUGAUGUAUCCUGAAUGCAAGAAGGAUUGCUUGUAAACAUUUAGCUAACUGACAGAUGAAACUGACCUAAAAUGUCAUGAUUCAAGAAAUGUUCAUGUAAGAAUGGUGUGUGUGUGUGUUUCAUGUCAGACAAUGCCAACAGUUCUGUUCCUUUGUAGUUUAUAUUAUCUCUUGCUUUUGAGGGGGACUGUGUCAUUUCCAAAGGAUUCAGACUAGCUUAGCUUGUCAACAGAGUUGCCACCCAGAUUUAUAUCUUAUCCUGCACAGAAGGCAAUAUAUAUACAUAGACAAACUCCUUAAUGCUCCCCAAAGUCUCAUUCUGUAGUUGAGAGAUGUCAGGGCAAAGGGUGGCUUUGCACCUGUGUGAUUAGACCCGGCUGAAAGCCCAUACUACCUUUCUUACUUUAAUAUUUUUUCCCACUGAGAAAGAAAACCCUAGAUUGAUUCUUGCAAAAUUAUAUUUAUGUAUUUAAAUGUUUAUAGACUGUACUUUCAUAUAAAAUAUUGCAAGAUACUAAUAAAAAGUAAUUGUCUACAGCAGUUUUUUAUACCUUUCAGAAUAUAUUUUUAAUGACUAAAAUAUUUCUUCUUUUUUAAAAAAAUAAAUAAAUCACAAUAACCUUUGAAUAGCUUCCACUUUGGAAAAACACAUCUUACUCCCUUCCAUGAAGAAGUUGCAUGUUAAGUCAAAAAGGCUAUAUACAGAAUGGAACUAAAACUUCUGAAAAUGAGACUGCGUACACACCAUACAUUUGUAGUACAUUAUUCCCGCCCCCCAAGAAUCUUGGGAAUUAUAAUUUACCCCCAAAGCUACAAUUCUCAGCACCAUCAACAAACUACAGUUCCAAGGAUUAUGUGGGGGAAAUAAUGUGCUUUAAAAAUAUGGUGCACACACAGUCUGUUUGCUUUGCUGAGAGAAAGGGUUAAUUUGAGUGUAUGUUUCUCUUAUCGAGCACUGGUCAGUUUUCAGCAGACAAUAUAGCAUCGCUUCAUGCUCUCUGACUAUCAGGCUUGAAUUCUGUUCACUAGUGCAAAUCUAGAAGGUGGUGGUUUUGACCAUCUCUGUUCCUGAAGUGAAGUCUGAAAGAGGCGGAAUGAAUGGAGAAUGGCCAACCGGAUUAGAGUAUCUGAAAAUGGGCUUCCUAGCAGAUAUUAGAGCAAGAGUAGCCAAUAUGUCCUUAGACUACAGUUCCCAUCAUCCCUGACUGCUGUUCAUGUUAGUUGAGGCUGAUGUUGUGAUCCAACAACAUCUGGAGGGCACCACAUUGACUGUUGCAGUGCCAGAGGGAGUACAUUAAUAUUUGUGCAUUAAAAGCCUUAGAAGGUCACUGAUUAUUAAAACAUUUAUUACCUUGCAUGAUGUGAAAGAUUGUGGUGGAGCAUAUAGGUCUCUGCUCCAGAGACCUAGGUUCAAUUCUAAGCCAUGAAGUUCACAGGGUGACUUUUAGCAAGUGAAGUUGCUAUCUUGUGGACUAAUCUGCCUUUCAGGGUUUUGAGGAUAAAACAGAAUAAUGCCAUGUUUGCAGCCCAGAGUUUCUUGAAGAAAGGGUAGGAACCAGGUCUGACCAUUUAAAUACAGUGGUACCUCGGGUUGCAUACGCUUCAGGUUACAGACUCCGCUAACCCAGAAAUAGUGCUUCAGGUUAAGAACUUUGCUUCAGGAUGAGAACAGAAAUCGUGCUCUGGCGGCACGGCGGCAGCAGGAGGCCCCAUUAGCUAAAGUCGUGCUUCAGGUUAAGAACAGCUUCAGGUUAAGAACGGACCUCUGGAACGAAUUAAGUACUUAACCCGAGGUACCACUGUAAUGUGAUUUAAGGCACAUCAAGUUUCAAUAUUUCAGUGGGAGAGUUGAACAUGUGUUUAACUCUUGUUGAUAUCAGUGGAAUUUUAAAGCUGCUUAAUUUUGGCUGCAUUAUGCCCUGGGUGUGUUUUUGAAAUUUACUUUGUUACUUCUACAAUCUGCCAUGGGAUGAUGGGUCACAGCAGUGGAGGAUGUUUUGAGGCAAUUUGGCACAGCUGGCUUACUACAUAAUAAAUGUACCUUUUGUUUCUCAUUUUCCACAUAGUCUGUCUUGCUUUCUUCAAGGAUGAGCUGCAGUUGUGGAGAUAUCUUGUGGUAGUUCAAGCGCUUGGAAAAUAUUUUGUACAUCAAGGCUGCUAUUGCUACCUGAAAUCUGGUUGCAUGAGGGUCACAGGUGCCAGUUUUCUGCAUAUGCACACAGUAUUACUAAUAAUGAGGAAUGACUCUUUAUAAUCACCCACUCCUUUUCAGAGUUUUUCUUUUAAAAUAACACUUUUUCCUGUGCUUGAGCACAUCUGUCAAAAUGGACCAGACUGCAUUGAAGAUCACUCCCUGCAGAAUAGCUGGUCUGCCCCCCAUCCCCCGCCAUGGUCUGAAAUCAGUUGGAUAGUUGCUGGCUUGUUGGCAACAGCCAUGAACAUUUAUGGUGAUUAUCUCUAGCAAGGAGCCCAGCAUAAAGUGGAAGAACCCUGCCUCAGUUUCUCCCAUGCAUCAUGGAAAACUCUGAGGGGGAGGAGUCUCCCAUCCUGCUAGGUGGGAGAAACAGAUUCUGUUCCUCCUCUAAGAGGAGAAUUCAAAGGAAGGGGAGGGUUCAGCCUCACUUUGCACCACACUUUGACGAUACUUGGAAACCGUUCAAUUUUGUUUCAUCACUACAGUGGUACCUCAGUUUAAGAACAGCCCUGUUUACGAACUAUUCAGUUUAUGAACUCUGCAAAACCGGAAGUAGUGUCCCGGUUUUCGAAUUUUACCUCAGUUUAAGAAUGGAAGCUGAACGGUGGAAGGGCACCGGCGGCAAGAGGCCUCAUCAGGGAAAGUGUUCCUUGGUUUAAGAACGGACUUCCAGAACAGAUUAAGUUCAAAAACCAAGGUAUCACUGUACUUAGUAUAUCUAAAGUAUGGUAUGAAAUGGAAAACUGACCUCUUCUUCUCCCACAUUCUUUGUGUUCUUUGGGCAGGAAUGGAUCUCCGCCACUAGAUAUCAGACUUUUGUAACUGAAAAUAAACUGUAAGAAGUACUGAUUAUAUGUUGGAAUAUUAUUAGAAUAUUGUUGUUUCCCCAGUUUUAUAUGUCUAUUGGAUGUUCCGUUGGAUGUUCUGUUGGUUAUAGCUUCUGAUUCUAAAAGCAAAUGAGUUGCUUCUAGCUUGUGUAUUUCUCCCACCACCUGGCCCCCCUCCCCCUUAGUUCCAUAAACUCAUUCCCUGUGCCCCCUACCCUACCUUAUAAAAAGGCAUUAUUCAGAAAAGCGCUUUGCACGACCCACUAAGGAAAAUAAUAACACAAUAAAAUUCAACAGUAGCAAUUAAUUGCACAUGUAAGUCAAAAUCACAUUCAAAUUAUUUAGUUUAAUUAAUUCAACAAAAGUGAUGAACUUGAUCUAAUGAUACCAGCUUUUCAAAAUCUGAUAGUCAUUCACACCUCCAGCAGCUUCUGUCACCCCCUUGCCUCUUAGUGCCCCCACCCGUAACCCCGCUGCUCCCCAGGCAGCUGUACCCCCCACUUUGGGAGCCCCUGCUGUACCACAUAUUUUUCUUGCUGCUCCUUAAUUCUUGAGUUGUAGCGCUAGUCCCCUGUGCUUGCCUGCUUGUAAGGCUCGCUUCUUUUCCCUUUGUGACAAGGUGAUGAUCUGAUUGGAAUAAUUGGAGAGCAGUGGGCUUAUCCUCAGCAUGGGCAUUGUGUUACCUCCAUCGGAGAGGGAAGCUUAGCACCAUAGGGAAGCUGUGGGUUUGGAGGAGACAGAAACAAACUGCUUUCCGUGCAUAUGUGGGGCCUUUUUGUGCAGAGACGGCUGUGUGUACAGCAUGGAUGAACAUCAACAGAGAAUUCAGGAUCCUAAAAUCUUCCUCUGUGUGCCACUAAUUAGGCCAUUAAUGUGACCGUUUUCCUCUGCAUAAAGGAGACGGUUAUGGGAGUAUAGGCACCGCUGUGCCAGUUGCCUCUAAUGCUGAUCAGUACUUAAUCUGCAUGAAUGAAAUUAAUUGCUGACUCACAGCAGAGUUAAAACCAAAGUUUGAAGUGGGUUUCAGGUUGAAACAAAACCUGGUUGCCACUGAUGUAACACUCCGUCCGCAUAACCACUUCAUUGUGGUUAAAAUAAUCCAUGGAAUUGGCAUGGGGGAAUUGAGCCAGGAGCAAACGGCAAUCUUCCAAUCUCCUAACCAUGAUGAGAACGAGUGAUGUUACACCUGCACAAGAGACAGGUUCCCACAUAUUGAAAUCAGAAGUUGUCACAUACUGGAAAUAAUAGAGAAUUAGUGAAUUGCAAAAUGUUGCCAUGUGGGGCUUUGGCGAAGGUUGUUUAGGAGGGUAUUUUUGUGUGUAGGAAGGGCUCACAACCUUUUUAUCUCUCAAAACAUGCAAAGAGUAGUCAGCUCAUGUUCUUGUCCCCUACCCAAAACUAAUUACACCAUCCAGUGUUAAGAUACUUAUGAACAACAGGCUACACUUGAUAAAAAAUGUUUUGUAAUAGGGAUGGGCAAGAAUCUUGCAUAUGUGUAUAUCCUCUUAUAUUGGUGGGUGUGCAUAUGUUUGAAAUAAAAGCACCACUUGGAAGUUCUAAUACAGGUCAUUAUUUUUAAUUUUACAGCUGUGCAUGAUUUCACAUGAUUUUUUCUCCCCCCCCCCUCCAAAAAAAGAGGAAAUGGCAUGAGGCAGUCUAGAGGAGUGAGAGGGGGCAUUACCAUGCUGUAGUGGAAAGAUGAGGCCAAUAUGAAUUUGUAAAAAUAUUGAUGCCAGGGCUUAAGCCUACCUGAACCAUGCUUAUCAGUUUCAAGAUCAACAUUGGUGCAUGAGAAGCUGCGGCUUACAAGUCCUUAGGAAUUGUGUGCUGCAUACUGGGAUGAAACUGUUCUGCAAUGUUAUUUCACAUAUCUAAACCCCCCCCCCCCCAUUCAGGGAAUCUUGCCUCCUCUCUCUAUCGGACUUCCAAUAUGGCAAAGGCUUUUCUAUUUUGCAGGCCAGACAUACCUUUCGCCUAUUCUGAGGUAUGUUAUUAUUGCUGUAUUGCUCUUAGUUUUUCAGCUGACUGCCUGUUUUUACCAUUUCUUUGAUAUUGCAUGUCUUUGCGUUUUAACCGUUUUCUUAUUAACUACUUUGGUUUCUUUCGACAAGUGGUGUAUACAUAUAUCGUAAACUGAAAUAAAACAUUGCCACCACAUGUUAGAAGAUAGCUGUUCAGAGGUGGUGUGGUAGCUGAGGGUGUGAAAUCCACAAAUCAGCUCUUUCAAGAGGCUGCCUUGGCCUGCCUAUUGCAGUCAGCACUCGCCUUGUGGGAAUGGAUACAAGCCUGCCUUACGGAGCUGUUGUAAGGAUUAUGGAGCUAGUGUUUAUGAAGCUUUUGGAAAAUUUAAAGUGCAAUGUAAACGUUAACUAUCAUAACAGGAGUCAGCUCAGAUACCGAGGUGAAGCCCUACUCAAGUCUUAAGCCCCUGGAUGAGAGCAGGCACGUGUUUACUUUUAAACAAUUUUCUGUCCCUUCGGCAAAAAGAUUUUGUUAGUGACUGUCAAGAGGUGUGAUCCUCUACUCUGUUUAAGAUUUGAUGGCUCCCUCCACACUGAUUUGCCUUCUCAGUCCAUUAGAUCUAUGCACAGCAGUAGGAGGCAAAGCAGUUGUAGAAGCCUGACCUUGUCCUGUAAUAAUGAACCUGUGUGCAGAGGUAGCAUCCCAGAGAAAAGGACCCUGAAUAAGUAACAAGCUUGUGUUUUGUGGGUAGCAACUUUUGCAGUGGAAACGUUCCAGUAGGCCUUGGAAGUUUUCCUGAAGCUGAGAAGGCAAGGGAACCUCUUCUGUUAUAUCUAUCUAUCCAAAAGACUUGGCGAAAAAUUAAGCUAAGAUUAACAACAACAACAACAAUCUAAGAUCAAAGUACCAUACAUAAUGGAAAGUCUGUGGGAUCUUGAUGCCUGUGCUUCUAGGCCAGGGGCCACCUUCACUGGUCAUAUAUUUUUGCUGAGCCUGAACAAAGAUGAAAACAGGACCAGCUCCUCCCCGUGAGCAGUUCCAACCAGUGAGAGGAAAUGGAAGCAGCCGUGCAACAGGCACACACAGUUUCAGAUCAUUAGCAUUUGACCCUUUUUGUUGGCUUCUGGCAGGCAGAAGCUAGGGAUGAUGAUGGGUUGCCUUUCUUUUUUCAAUACUCAGGGUUUUAGGGGUUCCCCCCCUCCAUCUGCUUAGACACGACUGUUCUUUUUUCCAUAGAAAUAUUGUGAAGUAGCUAAAGCUUGGGGGUGGAAGCCUGCUGAUAAUGGCAGAGCAAAUUUGAAAAGCACUUUCUGCUUCUCCCUCCCCCAGAUACACAGCAGAGGUUGCGGAUAGCCAUGCCUAGUGCAUUUUUGUUUGACUGUCAGCUUCUUCCAGCUGGCAUGGGGGGCUCCUCAUUACAAUGUCUCUCAUUCUGAAAUUGGGGAGUAUCCCGUGGAGAAUUAAUUAGUUCCGUGUUGCUCACUCUUCUGUGAGAACUGAGCUGAGGCUGAGGAGAGUAGGCAGAAGGAGCAGGGAUGUGGCCCCUCGGAAGCCUUGCGUCAGGGAUGUGGAGGUUAGGAAGAAGACAAGCAUAGGAAACUGCCUUAUGCUGAGUGAGACCUUUGGUCCAUCUAACUCAAUGUUGUUUACCCUGACCAGCAACUGCUCCAGAAUUUCUGACUAGGAUCUCCCUCAUCCUUGCCUGAAGUUGCCAGGGAUUAAGACUAGGACCUUCCAUAUACACAGAAGAUGCUGUGCCUCUGAAGCGUGGCCCUUUCCCAAAUGGACCAUAAACAGAUGCUGUUGAACUACAGCUCCUGUCAACCUCAGCCAACAUGACUAGUGGCCAGGGAUGGUGGGAGUUGUGGCCUUCCAGGUAUUGCUGCAGCUUGUAUGUUUCCCAUCUCUGCUUUAAGUUAACCAGAGAAGCGCUGUUGCAUCCCCAUGGCAUUUGGAGUUUCUGGUAGGAAAUAUGAGGGGCUUUUGUCUUUGGAACCCCUGAGAAUUUUCAUUGAGAAUGUUCUGGAAGAGGGGUGCUGCCUAAUGUGAGCAAGCCCUCUACUUUAUUUAUUUAAGACUGGACCUCUUAAUUGUUUCUGCUUCUCUGUUGCGUCUGUAGUUUUAGUAAGUUAAAUUGAUAUUUGUACUGUUCCUACAUUUUUGUUAUCAAGUUACAUAAGCCGCCCUGAGGGCACUCCGGGGCCAUAUGGCGGGGGUAUCAGUAUAAUAAAUGAUAAAGGAGAAAUGGGAUAAAAGGCACUUUGCUGCUGUUUUUCAGUUCUGCUACUGAGUGCCUGUGUCUGAUCUUAAUGCCACUAAUGGAAACUUGCCAUCAAAAGGCAUAAUGCAGAGUAUAAAGAAAAAAAGUAAAUUGUUUUCUUCUGCCCAUGGAAAAUGUAUGCAAUUCCCAUAGCGUUAAAGUAAUAGUAAUUUAUUAUUUGUACCCCGCCCAACAAAGAUUAAAAAUACAUUAAAAUGUCACACAUUAAAAACUUCCCCGAACAGGGCUGCCUUCAGAUGUCUUCUAAAUGUCAGGUAGUUGUUUAUCGCUUUGACAUCUGAUGGGAGGGCGUUCCACAGGGUGGGCGCCACUACCGAGAAGGCCCUCUGCCUGGUUCCCUGUAGCUUACUUCUUGCAGUGAGGGAACCACCAGAAGGCCCUCGGCGCUGGACCUCAGUGUCCAGGCAGAAUGAUGGGGGUGGAGACGCUCCUUCAGGUAUAUUGGGCGGAGGCCGUUUAGGGCUUUAAAGGUCAACACCAACACUUUGAAUUGUGCUCAGAAACGUACUGCAAAUAUAAAGACAAUUCCUCUCAAAAAUAUGACAUGAAAAAGGGCUGGAGAAAAUGGAAGCUGUUACGAAUAAGGACCAGUUCACAGAACAUAUUUUGUCUACAUAUGAGCAGUCAGAAUCAUCUCCAACCACAUGCUUGCAAUGGACAAAUGUAAUGUGUGAUCAUACAGCUGGCACCAAGUCCCUUAAUUAUGGCAGCACUUAUUUCAGGCACUAUGGUUGUAGGAAUUGCUGCUAAUUCUCUCCAUGAUUUACCCCCUUUCUACGUUGCGUUACAUUUGCAUGAAUGGUGGGGGACGGUUGUUGCUGUUAUUGAUGUUAAUUUUUAGUAUCUUUAUUUUAGAUCUUAUGAUUUAUGUGGAAAUAAUUCACCUUGGUUGUAUAUUUUUUAUAUUUUGUUUACUGUUUGUGACUACUUUUGUUAUGCUGUAAUUAUGUAUUUUUUUCCCUGUUGUAAGCCUCCUUGAGUGUGGUUUGACCUAUGGAAAGGCAGCAUACAAAUAAAAUUAUGUCUGUAUGCAUACAAGAAGUGAUCAGGACUUGUAGCAGAAACAUCAAAAAAGUAUUUUAUGAAUCUCCUUCCUUGUUAGUCUCUAGACCAUUUAAAUAAAAAAUAGCUUUAAAAACAAUGCAAAAACUGAUAACUGAAGAUAGGUGUGUGUGUUCUCUAUUGUUUUUAAACCUAAGGCAGCCAUGUUGAAAGCCCUGCUCCAAGUAACUAUAGAGCAGGCUUCUAAAAAAUUAGAAUCUUCCGGGAGAAACUCUCCUGCAGAACGCAGUGACCUUCUGAGAAUACAAGGGGUAAGAUGGUCUCUCAAAUAACUGGGUAAUAUGUAAGUAAUGUGAAUUGGCCCCCAAAAUGUCUAUGAAAUUGCCCAGCAAUGACAGUUAAUUUUCAACAUUGAUAAUCGUUCUUCAUUGUUGAGAGAGAGAACUUCAUCAUAACGCACGAAAGAGCAAAGCAGGCAUUCUGUGUUGCUAGUAGUAGCCCAUUUUUUCGUGUGCAAAGUGUUUAUCUAAUUUUGUCUUUUUUUGCAUUGGCCAUGUGAAGGGCUAAGUUAGUCAAAACAGGGAGGGGUGGGGUUUGAAGCCUGUCCAAACUCUACACUCUUCAUCAUCUGCACUGUUCUGACAAUGUAUUUUAAAGCAAACUACUAAGCAUUGAUUUAACUGGGCCUGAAUAAUGAAUAUCCAUUUCUUGCUUUGUGCCCGUUCUUUGCUUUGCCUGCUCAUUGUUUACAUAAUUCCUUAAAAGGGCUCUAAUAAGAGGGCUUUAAUCCCCUUCAGGGCUUCUGGGUGGGUGUUGAGGGCUGUCCACAUUCCUGUAAUGACAGCAAUCUGCAACUAGCUGGGUCUUGUGUCAGCAGAAGAACCUGAAUAGACCGCUGACCUUGACUACCAGGUGCCUUUGCCGUAGCUGCUUUUGCUUUGCUCCAGAGGCUCUUGCGUUGUCAUGCUGUGAUGCUGUUAACUGUGCCAUGGUGUCAAGUAGCAUUAAUGGCAAAUAGUUGUGUUAAGGGUGGGGCUGAGGAGUUCAUCUAAUAUUCAUGUGGUUUAUAUCCAGUUCUCUUCUCUUUCAGGCCGCUGUGUUUUGAGGGAACCCUGAACCGGGGUUGACCAGAAGAUGACCGAGUACAAGCUGGUGGUAGUUGGGGCAGGAGGCGUAGGGAAAAGUGCUUUGACCAUUCAGCUUAUCCAGAACCAUUUUGUUGAUGAGUAUGAUCCCACGAUAGAGGUAAGCAUCUGCUCGUGUUCAAAACUAACGCAUAGACAUUUAUUUUUAAUCUCCCUCCCCCUUUAGCCUUGGUUGUCUUUGCAUCCAUCAUGGGCUUCUACGAAAGCGGUCAAAUACAAAGCUUAACCCAACUUCAGAAGCAAUUUAUAGAAGAAAAGCAAAAGCUCUCCUUCCUUGCACAGUGGCAGGCCCUCAAUGGAAUAAUAAGCACAGUAGGAGAGAUGCUGUGGAGGAGACACAAAGUCAAUUUGAAAUCAGUCCUACUUGAAAGAGAAUGGCUGGUAAAAAAAAACCCUAAAAGCCACCAUGAGCUCCGCCACUUUUUGAGCUUGUAGUGACUUUAAUUAUUGCCAUGCUUUCUCCUUAUGGAUAAGGUACUAGCCAGAGAGUUUGCAAACCUGAGUCACCUCUGGUGCAAGUUUUGUGUGUUAAUCUACACAUUCAAUAAGUUCACAAGACAGUCAUUCUGAAACAGUACAACUCCAGGUUGCCAGUGGGAGAUUGCAAGAGUUUUUUAAUGGUUUCCAUGGGAAAAAUCUCUGCAUGUGAGAAAUCAGGGAGAGGGGUGUGUGUGUGUGUGUGUGUGUGUGUGUGUGUGUGUUUGCAGUGGCAGGUAUUGUGAUUGUCCCUUUCACCUGCAGCCAUUGAUCUUGGCAUGCUGUUCAUAAAACACGUGGUUGGUUGGUUGACUGACCAAACCCAAAGUGUGUUCAUCCUGGAAAAAAGUGACAAGUGGGGUUCUGCCUCAGGGUUCUAUCCUGGGCCUGGUGUUGUUCAAUGUCCUUAUAAACGACUUGGAUGAAGUUAUAAUUGAGGGGAUGCUCAUCAUAUUUGCAGAUGAUGCCAAACUGGGAGGGGUAGCCAGUGCUACAAAAGACAGAAUUGGGAUUCAAGAUGACCUGAACAGAUUAGAGAAGCUAUACCGAUGGCUUCAAGUUAUAAGAAAGGAGAUUCCAACUAAACAUCAGGAAGAACUUUCCGAUGGCAAGAGCUAUUUGACAGUGGAGCAGACUCCCACGAGAGAUGGUGGGCUCUCCUUCCUUGGAGGUUUUUAAGCAGAGGUUGGAUGGCCAUCUGUCAUGGAUGCCUUAGUUGAGAUUCUUGCAUUGCAGGCGGUUGGACUCAGGGUCCCUUCCAAUUCUACGGUUCUAUGAGAUACCCACCCACACCUACUUAGGUGGAAUAUAAAUAGCUUAAAUAAAUUCAUUUUUAUAUACACACCCACUCACACCUCCAAACCCUACACACACACAUGUACAUGUGUAUGCCACAUACAUAUGUGCACAUCUGCAUAUAACCUUUGGGCUUCCUUCAGCAAUCUCAUGUGGCGUCUCUCCCAGAUUUUCCUCGCAAAGAGAGAAGUUGAAAGAUUGCUUUUGCAUCACACUGCUACAGAAUGAUUCCCUCCAUAGCCUUGAGGGGCUAAAGUGUUCUAUAACCCAGAAGCUCUUUUUCUCCUCCCCCCCAUCGGUUGUCUGGGGAAGAACCAUUGGGGGUACAAUAAAAUGGGAACAAAGAGACCCGGGAGUUGGAGUUCUUAUAAAUAAAUUCUGGUAAUGCAAAAUUAAGUGAGAAUUUGUGAUUUGUGUGAGGCCUCUUGCAUUUAUUCACAUUUGCUAAGGUCAUUCCACCAGCAUUUAAGGAUUCCAAAGGUGCUUAACCAGGCAUAAGCAAACUCCAGCCCUCCAGAUGUUUGGGACUACAACUCCCAUCAUCCCUAGCUAACAGGACCAGUGGUCAGGGAUGAUGAUGGGAAUUGUAGUCCCAAACAUCUGGAGGGCCGGAGUUUGCCUGUGCUUAACUUUCAAAGUUAAGCAGAUGAGAACAAAUAGAGUGAGUUAUCUGUUGUAUUGACUUGGAGUUAGUAAUAAGCCCAGACAACUUCCUUCCCAUAUAUGCAAUUAGAUUUAUUUUGUCUAUUAAGUUUUUCGUUUUUUCAUUCAGCCUCUCUAUUUCCCAGACCUUAAAUAUGGUCCUCAAAACCUGAGACCUCAUCAGCAUUUUUAAGGUUCUAAUUCAUUUAAUGAGGUGUUGAUAUCAGUAGUGUAAAGCAGCACAUCUCCCACAUUUUCAGAAUUUGUACUUACAGAACUGAUUUAUAUAGACCAUCUCAGAGAUGAUCUCAUCAGCAGACUUUCCGUUCUUUACAACCUUCGGCCCUUUUGUUGUUGGGAUGGGGGAAUGUAUUUUUUUCUUCAGAUUUCUGAACUUGGAACUUUCUUCAGCUGUCGGAGCAUUAUUAAAGUUUGCUUUUUGACUAAGAGAAACAUUAAAAUACUUUCUUUUUGGUAGGGAGUUGGUUUUGCUUCCUCUGUGUCUCCCAGUUUAGCUUUCUCUUCUCUUAUUUUGCUUUUAUUUACUACUUGCAGUUCUUCCAGUACAAUGAAAACAUGCUGAGUAAAGCUUCUUCAUAUAACCCCAGCCACUGCCUAGCAUCAGGCAUUUUGAUUAGGGGAAGGAGGGAGGGAAUGGGGUGGGCACUGUGACACAAUCACUGAAUAUGUUGCUUUAAGUUCCGGUGUCACAGCAGUGUUGGGAAACUGGAUCUAGCUGGUGGGCUGAACCUUUAUCGCCCCUGGGGACCAAGUUUAACAUCAGGUGACAUGUUUUUGCCUGUGUGGGUUAGCAGCUGAUUGUCUGGGCUUGCGAAGCACCUCCCUUGGAGCUGUGCAGGCCCCAACUGUCAGUUGAUUGGCAACGCUUGCAAGCCCUCCUUUGGCCCAGUUGUGUCUUUACUUCUCCCACCCAAGUGUAGGGCAGGUGGUUGUGGUUUGACCAAAGCAGCCUCAUGGCCUAAGUUGGGGAGGCCUGGUGGUCUCAGAAUAUAACAUCUGGUGUAAGGCAUGGGGGUGUGACUUGGCCAAAACUACCUUGUGGGCCUGAUUACUUUUGCAGAUCAGAGCUUCCCUCAGGGAUCUUCUCUUCCUUAUGAGCUCCUUGACUAGCGUGAGCUGAUGUUCCCUUUUGGUUUGUUUUUAAAACAUCUGUGCUCUUGCUGCGCUUCCAAGCAGUCUAAUCAGUCGCAGGGUUCCAAGGCAGGAUUCUCCUACCAUCCUGAAUCCCAGUUAGUCUUUUAACUGUAAAAAUGGCAGCUGAGAAGAACUGGGGGGACAAUCCAAAUGGAUCUGGCUAAUAAUGACAAAAUUGACAAACCGGAUACAUGUGCAUGUUUACUCAAAAAUAAAUUUCUUUUUGUGAAUUGAUACAUACUCCCAGGUAACUGCAUAGGAUUGCAGCCAUACUCAGCUAUUUUUGGAAUUAAAAAGUGCAGCGCUAAGGAUCUGUAUAUGCAUUGGUUCUGUUUUCCUUGUGAGAAGUUGAUGUAAAUGCAAACAUGCAAUUAUUAUGCAAUUACAUUAUGAUGUGAAUUAUGCAAUUAAAUUAUGAUGUAAAUGCAAACAUCUUCUGCGGAAACAAUUAACAGGAUAAGGCUAUCAUGUAAUUAGUGAUCUAGUAAUAUGUGAUAUGUCUGCAAAUGAUUGUCUUGUGCAUUGUAGAACUGAAUAUUUCAGGUGCAGCUGCAGAAUCCUGAGAACCUUAACUUAAUUAAAAAAACCACGUUUCUAGCCCUUUGGUUGUGAAGAAUGCUUUGAAAACAUGCUCAUUUAGCCUGCUUACAGAUUAAGGGCCGGUUGUGCAAUGACUGGGAGCUAAAUGUGUAAACUGUUUUAUGUGGUGUGUGUAAUCUGUGUUAGAAAAAGUUUCACAUGAUCACAUCAUUAGGUACUGAACCAGUUGACAGAUGAAUGUGCAGGUGGGAACUUGCCCUUUGAAGCCAGAAAGGGUCUGUGAAGGUUUCUAUACUGUGAUCUAAUUUGAUAUCCCUUAUUUUGAUUGUGGGGAUUGGGGUAUUCUUUUGGAGAGGUUUCCUCCCCUCCCUCAAAAGUAGAUGUACGCACCCUUGGACUGAGCCACACUUAAGUAGCUGCAUCUGUAUACAAAGAUGGGAACACAGUGCUGGAGCAACCAAAGAGACCAUUUCCAUUAUGCUUCUGAAAAGCCAUUGGGGAGGCAGCUGAUACAUUAUUGAUGGGGUUAUAUAAAUGCCUCUCUCUCCCCCCCUCUCUCAUGAAAGAGUGAGAUGUCAGUCACCUUGAAAGCAGCUGGCAUCAAGCCAAGCAAUCACUCAAUGUUCUUGGGCUUUUCAGUUAUUGUUCUGUCUCCCAGGUCCCCCUUGGAGAGUUAGUUACUAGGAUGGUCACAGUGAAGCAUAUCUUAGACUUGCAUUGGUAGUAGUCUGGGCAGUUUCUGAAUAUUUAAAGAGUGGACCGUGGGAUUCAGCAGCUGAUUAUAUAUAUACCUUUGUUUGUGUCAGAACAGUAACACUCUAGUGAAUUAAUGCGUCUGCUUCUGGUUUCCAAAGGAAUUUGGAGGACCCUUCUUAAUGUUUGGCUCUUUUUGGAGGUCAAGCCGUUCACUUUCUUGCCCCUUGGUUUUCCUCCAGGAGCAAGGGGCAGCUAUGCACAGUGUACAUUAUUAAGAUAGUUCUGGGGUAGCAAUGCAUAUGGUAGAAGUGUACAUGUGCCUUAUUCCCGGUGUUGCUGCGGUUCUGCUGCUGCCUUCUUCCCUCUAGCAAGCACAGUUUCACUUUUCAGGUUGCUAGGCAGAAAGUUGAAAACCAGAACCUCCAAGGUAGUGUACUAAAGGAGGAAAAGGAGAUCGCAUAGAAGCUGAAUGAAUUUAUUUGCCUCUGACUUCACUGUGGAAGAUAAGGGCGGAUGAACUGUGUGUGAACUCAUUUUUUCAGGGAGUCCAUAGCCCUUCAAAAGUUGUCAUCACAGAAGUACCUGGCAAAUUACUAUAUCCCAUUUAGAAGUCUUUCUCAGGACAGCUAAUGCCACAAAUGAGUUGGGAUUGUUAAAACUGUUGGGGAUUUUAGGGACAAUUCUCUCAGAAUUUGAGAGAAAAUGGGUUCUUGGCCUUUGGGAAUGGAAGGAAGCCUUUCCAGUCAGUGUAUUUUAUAGCCAUGCAGAAUGGAAUACUAGAAUAGACCUAUUGGGUGUUCUCAUAGGUGUGACUUAGUCAUGAUGUGCUGUAUUGUGGAUAUAGGCACACAGAAAAUGCUUAUGCUGCACAUGAACUCCAUUCAGUGCUUGCCCACGGUAUAUUUACUCACUGGCCUGUAUGUGGUGUGACCACAGGAGAUGAUUGUGACUCUCCCUUGAGCAAAGCUGCUUUUAGAAGGAUUAGUAUACACUAAAUACAGCUAAGAAAAUAGGUGUGUUAAGGCUGGGCAGCUCUGGUGUCAAAGGCAUACCUUGUCUGUCCUGAGGCAGCCCUGUCAAUUCCAAGAACAGGGCCUUGGCUGUAUUAGUUGCUACUCUGGCACCAGAGGUGUCACCUCUUCAAAUGUUCCUCUUUCCAUUUUAAGAGACUGGCUUUAACCAGCAGGGUAAUUGAAUCGAAUUCCACUCAGACUGAGACGGCUUCCUGACCUGUUAACACCCUCCUGCUCUUUAAAUUAAGUUGUAAGAAUUGCUUUCUGCUAGGUAAAAAGUCCAUACCCCUCCCUUCUGCCACCAGGAAGUUUAAAGCCAGGCCCACCAACAACCUUAGACCUGUGAGAUGGUUCCUUUGGAGGAAAAGAACAUAAUGGCUAUAGUAUUAUGUUCAAUAAAGUCCUCCCUUUCUGCCAAUUUCCCCUUUCUUACCGUGUGAUUCUCUUUAUUAUUGAAGGAACUGAUGCUGGCAGGCUAACAGAAUAUGUCUUGCAUUCCCUGGGACAUUUGAGCAUCCUCUUCCACAGCAAUUCAUGAAUUGAAUUUUAAGUGGAAACAGAGCUCCUGCCCCAAAACAGGAUGGUCAGUGCUGCACAGAAGUGUCCAUAUGCAGAAGGGCUUAACGUGAUCAUUAGGCAGACUCAGCAUGGACUUAACAAUGGAUAGAUUUGAUGGCGCAAGAGUGAGCAUCACAUUCAAGAAGGGAGAGACUUUGAUAAGAAAUGAGUCUUGUGUAGGAACCUGGAGGAGGAGGUGGCAGUGGCAAGAUAAAGAGAGAGCUAAACUGUCCUAAAUUCACCCCUCUUUAAAAUUCCUACUCACUAGAUUUGGGUGAGUCCAGCAGUUGAGCAACAUUUCAGUUGUGUUUUUCAGAUGAGUGCCUUCUAAUCUAAUUGGCUGCAUCAGUAGCUAGGGAAAGUAAGCUAGGACUAUACAUCCACGAGCAAGGGAGGACCCCAGCUGAGAUGAUAACAUCAAGUCAAGGUAACAAGCAAGUUAAGCAGCUGGGGGGGGGGGGUUGAGCAAGGAGACCAGGGCAUGCUACUCUUCCAUUGGUUCCGUCACUAAGGAGAGGAGCAGAAGGAAAACAAAAGGUAGGAUUCAGGAUUGCCAUAGGCGAAGUAAAUGAAACACAGAUAGAAGAGAUACGCUGGUGCUUGCUUGAUUGCUCCUCUUCUAAUGCCUCUUAAUUCUCCUAUGGCCCUGCAGGAUUCCUACAGAAAGCAAGUCGUCAUUGAUGGAGAGACCUGUUUGUUAGACAUCUUGGACACAGCAGGCCAAGAAGAGUACAGUGCCAUGCGAGACCAGUACAUGCGGACAGGAGAAGGCUUCCUUUGUGUCUUUGCUAUUAACAACACCAAGUCCUUUGAAGACAUUCAUCAGUACAGGUCAGUAGAAGUGAGCUGAGCAGCAGAGGGCAUUGUAUCACCUUCCUUUUGAAAAGGAAGACCUGGAGGGGAGGGACCAUGCUGACUCCACUUUCAGAUUAUGCUGUGCUACAAUUCCACCACCCGAAAAACUGAGCUUUUACCCGAUGAUCAAGUUCAGCAGCUGGCUAAUAGCAGUUGUUAUUAUCCCAAGGAGACUGCUGAUGGGCCAGGGUGAGAGCUCAGUAAUGUAGCAUUUUAAUGUUUCUGGGGGGUUAAAAGGAGAAGCAGCUUCUCUGCUAAUUAGUGGAGCAGUAGUUUUCGUGAAAGGGAUGUUGUGGUGUCUUUCCUUGAGAUCCAUGUUUUUUCUUUCCGGCCUGCUCUCUCUCUCUAUAUAUAUAUAUAUUGCUCAGACAAUGCAGAUUUUGCACUAGAAAACCUGGUUCCCACAUGAACUGUGCAAAUUAAGCACAUUAGUUUGCACAAUUUAUUCUGCUUCCCCCUUUCUUACUAGACUUGGGGUAGGACAAGUAAUUCCUGAGCAAUGAAGUUCUGUUCCCAGCUUCUGUUAAAAAGGUAACCUGCUCUUUCUCUAGGUUUCAAGAUUUCAGAUGGCAUUGCCUAUAUAUAUUUAAGCAUAUUUAUGCAACUGUAAGGGCUUCUCUUCUGCCUUGUAUUUGAAACGGCUCAGAGGAUCUCUUUUUCUUGAUCUGGAAAGACUCUGCUAUGGCAAUGUUUGAGAACUGUGACCUUAGAGUGGCAAACAGGGUCCCACUGUGCUGAGCAGGAAGAACAUCGCUCAGGGUGUGAGCACAGACCCUUUGUCAACAACAGGCUACACCCAGGCUCAGGGCCAUAUAUCUCCCCAAGCCACCGGGCUGCUGUCCAGGUGCAGGAUGUUUCCAUGUGUCCCUAGGGAAAGAGCCAGGCCUCUGUUACUCAAACAGAUGACUGCUCAACUCCCUACUUCAAAAGAUGUAAACACGGAGGGACAUUGACUCAAGAGAUGCAGGACAGCUUUUCCAAAUCAAUCUAUCCUCAGAUUCCUGAUGUGUUUGCUACAAAGCUUUCCUUCAAGAAAUGCUACAUGCACACGCACAUACGCACUAACUUCUUGCUCAAUUCUCAGUGCUGAACAUCAGAAAAACAGGGAUACCUUGAGUCAUUUUUGACCAUAAGAAAAAUACAGUGAAAUAUUCACUUCUGUUUGGACAGAUAUUUUAUACACAUCAUCCUGCAUAUUCCUCGCUCCCCCAGUAGGUUAACAAAGCUAUGCUUCUCUUUGUAAAUUAUUAUUAUCAUUAUUGUUAUUGGCUGUUUGUGUCUGCUGAAAGCUCAGAACCCCAAGCAUCAGGAUGUUGGGCAGUGGUUCUGCACUUGGGUUGAUACCAGGAGACCUCUAGUAUAGCUCCCUUGCUGUUGUGUCCUGGCCCCUGUUUCAUUUGCCUCCUCUCCCUCCAUUUUGUUCCGAAGCCCCACAUCCUCCUGUGAUAGGCCUGUUGGGUUUUUUGCAUCAAGACCAUGGGUUUUAAUUUGUUGGCAGAUGUGUGUGGAUUGGUAAUGUUCCUGGCAUCCUUUGAGGGGUGGGGAGGGAUUAGACUUGAGCUGCCUUCUGGUGUUUUUCAAAUCUGCGGUUCUGCGAGUUCUCACCUUCUACCACUUCAGUGUUUGCUCAAACGCCACCAAGUUCUGCAUAAACAAAUAUUGUGCUAAAUUAAAUUAUGCAAGACAUAUUUCCCUUGGGACACGAGGCUCUUCCAAUAGUAGCAAGAUGCCUUAAUGCUGAACAAACACUGCUGAAGUGUCAUCGCUACUGUGGAAGAGAUGUUGUAGUAAAUGGCCAGUGUGAACCUUGGCCUUGAUAAACUUCCUUCUGCGUAGAGAAUUUGAGUUUAUUCAGCCUAUAACUUUUCAAAAGGGGCAGGACACAGCUUGCAACCUAUAUAUCUUCCCUGUACAGUGGUACCUCGCAAGACGAAUGCCUCGCAAGACGGAAAACUCGCAAAACGAAAGGGUUUUUGGUUUUUUGAGUUGCUUCGCAAGACGAUUUUCCCUAUGGGCUUGCUUCGCAAGACGGAAACGUCUUGCAAGUUUGUUUCCUUUUUCUUAAAACCGUUAACACAGUUGCAACUUGACUUCGAGGAGCAACUCAUAGCACGCGGUGUGGUAGCCUUUUUUUGAGGUUUUUGAAGACUUUGGUGAUUUUUGAAGCUUUUCCAAAACUUUUCCGACACCGUGCUUCGCAAGACGAAAAAACUCGCGGAAUGAAUUAAUUUCGUCUUGCGAGGCACCACUGUACUGUUUUUGGUGCUUGCUAAAAACUGGUUUAUUUAGGCAAGGCUAGAGCACGCAACCCCAGAGUCUUCCGCGACUGGACCUAACGGUCAGGGGUACCUUUACCUUUACCUUUUUUACCCAGAAAUAUAAAGUUGAGGUGUGUUUUAAGAGGCUUUUUAAAGUAUACUUUAAAUUCCUGGUUCUAUUUACAUUUUGAAAUGUUUUGAUCCAUUUCUUUUUAACUUUUGGCUUUUAUCAACAAUUUUCAGGCAUAUUUUAUUUAAACUGCUUAGAUAUUUUUAAUGAUAAAGUGGUAUACAAAUUCUGUCAAAUAAAAUAAACGCAAUAUAUAACCCUACUUGCGAAAUCGGGAGGCAGAGAAUGUCUACAGCACCAUUCUGCUUUGCUUCAUCGUCUCUGAUCAGGAUCUUAAAAAUGCAGAAAAUGGUGGCUUUUCCUUCAUUUGCUCAACUUCUGGUUUCUCCUCUGCAGGGAGCAGAUCAAGAGGGUGAAGGACUCUGAUGAUGUCCCGAUGGUAUUGGUGGGAAAUAAGUGUGACCUUCCAGCCCGGACUGUGGAAACCCGGCAAGCCCAGGAGCUGGCUCGGAGCUAUGGGAUUCCCUACAUAGAGACAUCGGCCAAGACUAGACAGGUAUGUAGCGGGCAGGUGUGCAGUUACUUUCCACCUUUGGAAUGAAGAGAAGAAUCCAGCCUGUACUCCCAAUAAAUCAUCUUUUAGUGUGUUCGUCAAGCUCUCUCCUGUGAAAACCGAGCUAUAACUUCAGUAGAGGAUUUCUAAAGCUUUGGGUGUGUGAACCAGAUGGGGAUUCUGCUAUCCCCAUAUCACAUCUCAGCAAGUUGCAGAUUUGGUGUGUCCAGUUAUUGAGACUGAACGAGCGUUUGGCCCCAAUUUUCAGGAAGAGCACAACUUUCAUAGUGUAGCCUUCCAAGUUUAGAAGCCUGCUUUGAAUGUUUUUCUGCCCUUUCUCUGGCUGGGAGAAACUGUCCAGCUGUUCUAGUAAUGGCAGAAAGCCCUGUCUCCCCACCCUUCUCUGCCACUCCCUUCCUUGUAGCCUGCUUACCUUCAUGUGUUGUACAGAAGGAUGGAUGUUGGGCUUUCCUUUUCCUUUGUAUAAGACUGCUGCAUGAUUGACAGCAGUGAGGCUGGCACGUAGCCCCACUGAGCAAACGCCACACAUGUGCCGUCGGUCUCCCAGUGCUCCAGCUGCUAAUUACGCAGCAGGUUGUGUGGCCUCUGCUGAUGGCCCUUGAGCGCUGGGGAACAUAAGUGUGAAUUACAGAGGCUGGGAUUGAGAAUGAUUUUUCCAUUAAGGCGAUGCUCGGAUAAAGCUGGCAAGUAGCCUGGCUCAGCUACUGGCUGCAGUCUUCUAAGUGACGGCGAAGACAAGGAUUCAGCCGGAGGCAGUGGUUCUCUAGGGACUCUCACUGUGCUGUUCUCUACAAGCCAUUUCCUGUGCCCAAGUUUAGGCACCUAUGCUCAGUUAAUGGUCCCGCCAUGGAGGCAUGAGGUCAGAUAAAGAAUACACAGAAAGUGCUGCUGUGCUCAUGGGAAUAACCAGUGCUAUUUUUCCAGAAAAAGAGGUGACAGAACUCACCUCUUGUUCUCUUACAAUGGCAAUGGCACCCACCUGAGAGGUGCGUUCUGGCUGGGGGCAAAAAGCACAGGGAAAUAGCAGUUUGCCAUAUCCUUGUAUGGCCUGUAGUUUAUACCUGGCUCUCUCCAUGUGAUUCCAGACCCACAGGCAGUACAGAUGUUUGUGUGAAGACAUAGGUCAGACUGUGAACCAGUCGCUGGUUGAACUGGUGUGUUACUAGUUCACAACAACAGGGUAUUGUGUGUGUUCUCGAUUUCUGGAAUCAAACAUCCAUAUUUCCAAGUACUCAUCUACACUGUAAAGAAGCAGUGUUUGUUCUCUUCACUAGUGUCCAUGCAUUCAGAACCAACCCCAUUGACAGCAGAAAAUGGAUUCUCAGCGACUCUUUUGAAUGGACCCUUGGUGUUGGUGAAUAUGUAUGUGCGUGAGAGGGAGGAGUUUGUUCUCAAGACACUUUGUUGCUCUCUCACAGGGAGUUGAAGAUGCCUUCUAUACUUUAGUGCGGGAGAUUCGGCAGCACAAACUACGCAAAUUGAAUCCCCCAGAUGAAAGUGGCCCAGGCUGCAUGAAUUGUAAAUGUGUGAUAUCAUGACUAAGGUAAGAUGGUGGGGAAAUGAACAAAGCAUGUAGGGAAAAUGCCCACUUCCCCAAAUCAUCGGCUGCAACUUAAGUGCUUGAAGAGUUCCUUUCACCUCCUGAAUGGGGCAAAACCAGAAGCAAUGAGCAUUAAAGGCACUGUGCUGAGUUCCUCAGUCUUGUUCGCAGGGGGUGAUUCCCUUAGUUGUUCAUAUUUAUGAACUAGAUCAGGCAUCCCCAAACUCGGCCCUCCAGAUGUUUUGGGACUACAGUUCCCAUCAUCCCUGACCAUUGGUUCUAUUAGCUAGGGAUGGUGGGAGUUGUAGUCCCAAAACAUCUGGAGGGCCGAGUUUGGGGAUGCCUGAACUAGAUGGUGUCCCGCAAGCAUUUUGGAAGGUGUAGGGUGUGGCUGGUGCGGUUUUGCAGCCUGUGUUUUACAGUUCUAAAGCAAUUAAAAGUGUAUUUUGAUCACAAUUACUGGGGGAGAUGCUUCAGACUAGACUGGCUUACUGUCAAAGAUGAGUAUGAAUAUCUACAUUCACUGUAUGGAACUUAAUGUAUAAUCUACCCUUCCUGUGUAGCUGAGCAGUAAGCAGAGCUCUUCCCUUCUCUAUGGAAGCAGCAGCUUGUGUGUUGCUUUAUAUUAAAAAACGACACUUAAUUCUACUCUGCCUGAAAAAAAUUAUGACAGAAGAGUGAAUGGAUGUCAAGUCAGUUGGGAUCUCCCAGCAGACCCCAUUCUUGAGCUGUACCUAGGGCAGCUAUUGUUGUUUUAAAGGGGGGUUUCCAGAUGUGCAAAUAAUCCAGAUGUCUGAGAGCAUUUCCUCUGGCCGGGGUUGUGAGUUUGGUUGGGUGGGGGGCCAUUUCCUGUUCUUUUGCUGCUGAAAGUGCACAGAUGAAUCCCAAACGCUCCUUAAACUGCCUGCCCUGAGAGAGAUGCUACUGCCAACAGCUUGUGGGGAGGAGAAAGCCCUGUUCUUGCCAAAUGUGUGUUCAUUUCAACGCCCCCAUUCACUACCCUCGUUGUUUGUGGAAUGUCAAGGUCUGGCCUUCCUGAACUCCUCUCUUUCUCUCUCUUACUAGAAAGCUGCGCCAGUGAGGAGUGCAUAACUUGGCAAUAUGCUGAUAGGUGUGGUCCCGGCUCUUUUGUGGAGGAAAUGGGAGCUGGUUUUCCCGUAAUUAUCUGCAGUGCAAAUGGGAUCCAGCUUUAUGUUGGACAGCAUCUUUCUGAAAAAGCAAGCUGUCCCCAUAAGACUUUGGAGAAUUGCAUAAGCAGGGCUAAAGCUACAGGAAGUGUGAUGUCUAGGAUUCAUAAAAGGGGAGCAGUGGAGUGACAGGGUCAUGCAAAAGAAUAGCUUUCCAGCUAAAGAAAGCUUCUUGCAAGUUUUUAUCCCACCACCACAGGUCCUAUCUUUACAGAAGGUGAAUUCCCUUUUUUUGGUUGCCAUGCUGUCUGUUCAUGUAGCAUUUGUAAUCCCCUAUCUUCCAGCGUUUCAUAUUAGAAUUGCAUAUUAUGUUUAAUGCUGUGAGUAGUGUUUGGGCACUGUGGCUAUAUUUCCUUCCUCUUUGUCCUAAUGAUGGCCCAAAAAAAUUAUUGAGUUUGAGCCAUUUCUGUCCACCUGACCUGUGUCCAGCCUCAUCUUAUAUCUGCUUUGAGAAAAGCAGCUUAACACUGAAUGCUAGACCCAGAAGGAUGACUGUAUAUUAUGAUAGCCAGGCCUUAGCCUUCUUCAUAGAUAGCUUAGUUGGUAGAGCAUGAGACUCUUAAUCUCAGGGUCGUGGGUUCAAGCCAAAAGGAUUUCCUUCAUUGCAGGGGUUGGACUAGAUGAUCGUAAUUUCCCCUUCCAACUCUGCAGUUCUAUGAUUCCAAGCUGCCCCAUGUGUAUGCAGAGUUCAAGUCCACCUUCUGAGUUUCCAGAAGGGUGGUACUUCAAGGAAACGAGAGGGCAGCCACACAUGCAUUCAUCUCUUCAUUGCCCAACACAAAGCAGAGCUGAGAUCAUAGUGGACUUAAAGCCUUCUUCUGUCUUCUAGUAUUAAAGUAGUAGUAGCUGUGAGACAGCAGAGCCAUUCCCAGUGCCAUAACUGUGAAGGGAGCAGCAGACAGUAGAUGUCCAUCCUUUCGAUAGUUAUUUACAAGGCUGGUGUUAUGCAUUAAAAAAAGGUGAUGGUACUGUUACUGCUAAAGCACGUGAUGGAAGGCAUCACAGAUUGGGCCAUGCAUUCUCUCCAGAUUUGCCUAUAUUGGAAUCCCAUGGCUAGGCCAAUAUCCACAUGCAGCAAACACUGUAUGCUCAGUGGAUGGGUAAAUCAAAGAACUUGGGUAAUGGACUUUAAGAGUCACAGCAUCAUCCUGAGGAUACUAAAGAGUACUGCACCCAUUUUUCCUGCAAGAAAUGGAACCUCAAUGAGAAGUUCAGCAUUACCAAAUAUUCUACAAUUACUGACCCAAACUUUCUUCCUUCAUAUUCCUAGUUAAAUGUUGAUACUAUUUUUAUACUGUUUUUUUAAAUUUUGCUAUGCUUCUUAAAACAGCACAGCUCAAUGGUAGUGAAAGAUGAGAUAGGCAUGACCAAGUGACUGGAAAUUAAAGCAGUCUUGAUGCUUUAUGUGGCCAGCUGGUGUUGUAAGUUGACUGACAAAGAGUCUCCACUGUGACAUCAUAUUUAAGCCAACCUGUCACCACCACCAGCAGGUAUUGAAUGUCACACAUGGGAAGCUUUUAAGCCACUGCAGCCAAUGCUAUUCUUUUUCAAGGGAGACCAUUCACACAGUCGCCUGUAAAUCAUUGAGGGGCAAGACACCACGUGUUAUAUACAUGAACAUGGGAAUCUGGACUUAAAUCUGGUAUAGGAAGAAACUGACUAAUUCAGACCUCUUCCCAGAAGAGAGCCAUUGCUAUUAAAAUGCUGGCAAAAUUUAGUGAACUUCAGGUUGUGUUCAUAUGAUUCCUUGCUGCUCUCCCAUCCCACUGACCCAACCCUUCUUAGCUUCUUCAUGGUUGCUGUGUCAUGUGCUUUCAAACCAUGCCAUGAAAAGUUGGAAGGAACUAGUCAGUAAACGUGGGGGGGGGGGGGAGAGGAGAGAAUUCUCAGUAGCUAUUAAGUUCAACACCCCAAAAUGCACUUGGCACUAAGCAAUUUGCCCUGCUGUAUAAUAGGUAGCUUUUUAACAGCUGCAUGAACUUACUGCUCUGCUUGUCAAGAGUCAGCUGUAACAGAGCACCACCUUCUUAUUCUAAGCAUUAGCUGUUUGCUGCAGAAAGGCCACUCCAUGAGUGGUAACAUGCCUCAGAGUUGCUGCAGCCACAGAGUCCACACCAUCAGACCUUGAGAAAAGAGCACACUGGAGAAAACCGUGUCAUAGAGCUGCUUUCUCCAAAGCAAACUGUCCCACCUCUGGAUUUCUCUUACUCUGCAAAGUUAUUUUCUGUGUCUUUUGGCAUUGUUUAAAACAGUGUGGUAGGAAGAAUGCAAAGUGUUCGUUUAAAGGUUUCUGAAGUGUGUUAUAUAUUGGGAAACCAUGUGUGCUUAAGGAAAUGGUGAGCUGUUCUAAUAUCUGUCUUCUCUGUUCACCAGCUGACCAGACUGUGACUUGGAGGGAUUUCUACUGUGUGUAGUGCAGAGACAGAGGCGACAUGAAAGAAGAAUCAAGUGGAUUCAAGGGAAGGGGACAGACGAGAUGGUGUCUGCAGGCCCCAAGAGCUCUGCACAGACUGUCUCAAAACUUCACCAAGGCCUGCAAUGAACUAUUUUUUAUUUUUAUUUUUGAAAUGCUCCUCUCCUCUCCUUGCCUCCCUCCCCCUCCUGGCAACUUGUACAAAGCCACAGAUGGAAGUAAAUUAUUGUAUGAUGGUCUUGACACUGGUUUCUGCAUCUCUGUCCCUGUUCCUGAGGAUUGACUGGCAUUGCCUGUUCUUCUGGAGCAGGCACUGGCAGGGGGGGGGGGGCCAUGCAGAGCAGCCAGGCAGGUCGCUGCUUCAGCCUCUUUGAGCUUGCCUCCUUGGCAGGGGCCAAAGCCUAGUUGGAUCUGCGGCUGUGCCCUGGCCUGCUGCUUUUCUUUCAAGAAGCCUUUUAUAGAUAGGGAGCAAAUGUGGGUUGAGUGGCUCCACCACUGUAUCUCAGAAGGAGAGUUAGCUGUGGCCUGCAGAAGAUCAUACCUCUUCAGAAAGCAUUGCCAAGAAAUUCCACCCCCUGACACUCUGCCAUUCUAUAGUGGUAGGGAAACUCUUUACUGGUCUCGGCCAUUUCUGGGGGUGAGGUGGGGGAAGACAUAUAAACAUACCUCCUUUAUAUUCGUAAUGGAUUCUAAGCCAAUUCUCAAACUGCUGUUCCCAGAGUUGGGUUUCAUUUACCUUUGCCCCUGUUGGUUUACAUUGGCAUAAACAUGGAAGACGAUUCCUUCUCGUUGUUCUUGGCAAUUGUUAAUUCUCCCCUGCGCUAGAACAACCCAGUGAGUUUUCUCUGCGGAGAGUAGUUCUGCCUGGUGAAAGUUCCCUGCAGGCCUGGGGGGGGGGUGAAGAAGGGGAGAGAAGGGGGGUGUUCCUUUGCAGCAUGUCACUCCCCCGCCCUUUUGUGGUGUUGGGAGGACUUGUGUGUGUGUGUAAAUAUAUAAAUGACUAUACAGCAGCUUGUUGAUUGCAACUGAAGGAUGUUGAUUCUCCGUUUUAGUCUCUGUGUUUCACUGAGCCCAACUUCUGUUUCAUCCAUUAAUUACCUGAUGGAGUUUGAAGGAGAACAGCUCUUUCUUGUCCCUUUUGUGGGGGGGGGGGGGCAUUGGGAGCUGUGUUGUCUUUCUUCCCCCGGAACCAUUGUGUCUUAUGAAGGGGUGGGGAGGGGUGCCUAAUGGACAAGAAAUGGUCACUUGUUGGCUUUCUUCUUUGUUGUAAGUUUGGCCAUUUCCUGAGCAGUUUUUUAUGUUUGUUGCCUGUGCUGGGGCUGACUGCAUUGAUGUGCUUGUUGCAAAUCUUGUGAACUUCCUGGAGGGGCAGCUGGUCUCUGGAGGCACAGGAGUGUGUUUCCUUGUUCCUGCUCUGACCUCUUCUUUCCUUUGCAGCCGCUGUGCCUAUGCUGCUGCAUGCACAGCUCAAAUUCCUGCUCUUCAGGUAGCAGCUCCUCUGUAUUAAUGUGACUGUACCAAUUAUACUUGCUGUUUUGUUAAAGGUUUUGCCAGUAAGAUAGUCAAGCCAGGUGCUCGGCCCUAGCUGAGCUAAGGGAAACAAGUUCCUUCCAAUAAUUAGGUGACUGGUGUGGAUUUUUAAAGGGGGGGGGUCGAUCCAAUGUUGGAGGUGUAAAAGAGAACCCAAAUCUAGCCUUAAAUGUCAUUAAAAAGUGUUGUUCUC